CAGAGAGAUACCCACAGAGUUUCUGUGUCUUUGAGUCACUUCUACGGAAAUGAAAAGCGUAACUUCACGAUGGAAAUCUGACAAAAGUACAAAAGAGGUACAAAACUGCAUUUUUCUAACUAGUUUAAUGUAUGAUUUUACAUAUUGUCACACUGUACAUGAAGAUUAACUUGUUUUUUUUAAAAAGCUGUAUAUGUAGCUAAAUGUUGUGGGACAUGGAGUAGAUUAAUGUAGUGUUGUGCAAAGAAAGUUAUUUUUUUUUAUUUUUUGUUUUUCUUUGAAUACUGUUUCACUGCUUAUUGUUGCCUAAUCUCGAGAAGUGUUGUAUUCCUUUUUGCUUAGAAAGAGUGUAUGGUUUAAAAAUAGGAUUAUUAAUAAAAGCAGUUUUCCUUAAAUGGUUAACCAGCAUAUUUCCAUAAUGAGUAAAGUACAUUUUGUUCUGCUUUUACAUUCAUGGAAUUUGAGUAGAGAAUGUGCCAAAAUUCACCGAUACAUUAUUUGGCAGGUGGGGUCCUUUGCUCUGGUUAGGGGAGUUUCUGUGUGAGCCCACCCAUUUUAAUUGGCAGAGCUUCUUCUAUACAUAACAUGCACUCAAAAAUGUUCUUCAUGAAUGCAAGGUUUAGCUUUUUUAUUUUUUUAUAUACAGCUAUAACUUUCAUGCAGAAUAUGAUUCUGUGUUCUUAGUUAUCGAUGUGGCCAAAAGCAGUUACUGUACAGAUUUUCUAAUGCAAACUCAUGACAGUACCCUUUAACAAGGAAACUAAUUACAAUUUAUUUAUUCUUCAUGUAGAAAUACUUAUUUAUUUAUAAAAUAUUUUACCAGGAAAGAUACAUUGAGAUUUCUCUCAUUUUCAAGUAUGUAUUAUUUGCACUACAAGGGAAAUUGAUUCAAAUUGCAAAUGUGUGGCAUAGAUUUCCCUGGUAACUGUGGCAUUAAUAAAUACCAAGUGUCAUAAAUCUAGUGAUAAAGUCCUGAAAUGCACCUCUGUUCUAGUUUUUUUUUUUUUUUUGGAUGUUCCCAGAAUCAAGAAAAACUCCAUAAAGUGUGUACUUUUCAAAAGCAUUUCCGCCCCUACAUGGAAGGGCUGACAAGGGGUGGUUGGGUAGCACUUGAUCCUGAAUUACAAGCAUAGUGGUGUUAUGGACUGCAGACACAUGCCAUUCUUGCACUGGGAUGUCUUUUAGCAAAGUAUUACAGGAGUGAGGCAGUAGGAAUUUACAGGGCCUUUGCUAGUCCUGCACUGUGACUGGCUUACUGGAUAUUACUUGGUGUACUGCAGUAACUGGGGCUCAUAUUGUGACAACCUAUCAGCUUGUUUGCUUGGAGACAAACUCAACUAUAAUAGAAUGAAACCUCUUGAAAACAUGACCUUCCCAGGUGCCGAGAGUGAUACAGAGACUUGUGAUUUCUAUUAGGGCAUAGGUGCCUUUAUUUACAGAGGAAGGUGAUAAAGUCAGAAAGGAGCAGACAGGAGAAGGAGUCAGGUGGUCCAAUUGUCCGGGCUGGCAGCAAAGAGCACAGUCAAAAGUCAAGCCAAAGGUCAGAAGCCAGGAAAUUCACAAAUUGGAAGUAGGAUGCCAGAGGUCAAAGGUCAAGAACAGUGGCGUACACAUGACCCAUGGGGCCCCGGUGCGAAAAUUGAUCCGUGGGCCCCCCCCGCGCGGGCCGGGCCGCAACACAUGGCGGUGGGCACCUGGUCGCAGGGGUUACAGGGCUGCGACCCCUGCGACCGCGGUAUGUACGCCAGUGCAUGCAGAUGCACACACACUUAAAGGACCACUCUAGGCACCCAGACCACUUCAACUUAAUGAAGUGGUCUGGGUGCCAGGUCGAGCUAGGGUUAACACAUUUUUUCAUAAACAUAGCAGUUUCAGAGAAACUGCUGUGUUUAUGAAUGGGUUAAGCCUUCCCCUAUUUCCUCUAGUGGCUGUCCCAUUGACAGCCGCUAAAGGGGCUUGCGUGCUUCUCACUGUGAUUUUCACAGUGAGAGCACGCCAGCGUCCAUAGGAAAGCAUUAUGAAAUCUUUCCUAUGUGACCGGCCGAAUGCGUGCACAGCUCUUGCCGCGCGUGCGCAUACAGCCGACGGGGAGGAGAAGAGGAGGAUCGGAGGAGGAGAGCUCUCCGCCCAGCGGUGGAAAAAGGUAAGUUUUACCCCUUUCCAGAGCCGGGCGGGAGGGGAUCCCUGAGGGUGGGGGCACCCUCAGGGCACUAUAGUGCCAGGAAAACGAGUAUGUUUUCCUGGCACUAUAGUGGUCCUUUAAAGGACCACUACAGACACCCAGAUCACAUCAGCUCAAUGAAGUUGUCUGGGUGUCAGGUCCCUCUAGUUUUAACCCUGAAGCUGAAAACAUAGCAGUUUCAGAGAAACUGCUAUGUUUCACUGAGGGUUAAUCCAGCCUCUAGUGGCUGUCUCACGGACAGCCGCUAGAGGAGCACACUGAGCGUCCAUAGGAAAGCAUUGAGUAAUGCUUUCCUAUGGGCGGUUUGAAUGCGUGCGCGGUCGCAUUCGGAGCUGAGAGGCAGAGGGAUCCUCAGCGCCAAGGGAGUCCGGCGCUGGAGAAAGGUAAGUGCUGAAGACACACACACACACUUACAGUCGCAUACACACUAGCUAACAGACACACACAUUUACUGACAGAGAUACAGUCAGCGACAGACAUACAUACUCACUUACAAAACAUACACUCUCAUUGACAAACACACACUCACUAACAGACAUCAAACAGACUCACUAACACACACACACUCAGUAAGACACACACAGUAACACUCACUGACACUCACUAGCAGACACACACACUAACACUCACUCUAACACUCACACACACUAACACUCACUCACACUAACACUCACUCUAACACUCACACACACUAACACUCACUCUAACACUCACACACACUAACACUCACUCUAACACUCACUCACUCUAACACUCACACUAACACUCACACUAACACUCACACAUGAUUUUUUUUUUUUUUUAAUAUAAUCCCCCCCAGCCUCCUUACCUUUUGGAGUGCUGGGGGGAUUCCCUGGGGUCCAGUGGGGCUCCUGGGCAGGUGGCCAGGCAGGCAGGCGGGCGCGCGAGGGAGCACUCAGUGCUUCCUCUUCAGCUCCCUCGCGCGCCGCAAUGAUACCGGAGCCGGAAGAUGACGUCAUCUUCCGGCGCCGGCAUCCCUACGCGGCGCGCGAGGGAGCUGAAGAGGAAGCACUGAGUGCUCCCUCGCGCGCCCGCCUGCCUGCCCUACCGGCCACCCAGGGUCAGCAAGGCCAGCCUCAGGGGGGCCCUGGGGUGGUCGGCUCCUGGGCCCCCCAGGGGAAGAGGCUGGCCCUGGGCGUACAUACCGUGUCGUUGGGGCGGCCGGGCCCCCUGGUGGGCCGGGCCCGGUCGCAGUCGCGACCCCUGCGACCCUGGUAUGUACGCCAGUGGUCAAGAAGCAUGGUCAGGACCAGAGCCAAGGGUUAAAAGCUGAGACGUUUACUGGAAAUCCAGAACCAGGAAACCAGAACCAAGAAUCAGAAACCAGGAACAUGGUUGAGGAACCAUGAUCACUGGUCAGGAACCAGAAACAAAAGUCAGGAACAAGGAUCCGGAAGUAGGACCAGGAGACUGUUGCAAGGACCAGAGAAAACCAAGCCCCGACCAAGUGCAGUGCUUGGCUAUUUAUAGGGAGAGCUGAUCAUAUGACCUGCCCCCACAUCUCUGUAGGCGAAGCACCCAGUGGCCAUAAAGGAGGAAGUGGGACCUGGUGAUAUCUUGAUUUUGCUGAACUUUCUCCCACCUGCUCCUCAAGCACCCCUGCUCCUUUCUUCCCAGCUCCACAUGCCACAAGUCUACAAGGUUGCCAACAUCUUAACGGGGCAGCUCCCUCCAGGAUCCUGGUGCUGACAGAGGAUGCCAGAUCCUCAGGGAGCUCCACUGGAGUGUCAGCACUCAAGACCUGCUCCCAGGACACUGCUGGGGUGCUGGAGCAGAUAAGUAAAAGCAGGCACCAUGACAUACUGCUUGUCACAGAGUAAUGCAAGUCACGCACAAAUCACUGUGAAAGCUCCAUCAUGCAGAACAGGUCAUUCUGAUUAAGGUUACACCUAUAUAUGGCAGCAUACCUUACAACUUCAGCAGCAUCUAUAUGUCAAAUGCACCAUAUGUGUGAGUAGGGCAUCUGUUUAAGAUUUGCGAGUUUUGUGCACACUAAAAGUCAAUUUUUUUCAUACUUGCCCAACAGUUUAAUAGUGAGACCCAGCACGCAGAGUGUACCCUAAAAAAAGGAAUGUCUAACACAUACUGGUCCACAGAGUGGCCGGACUUUACGUAACCAAAUAAUGAAUAGUAAAGAACAAGUCAGAUACAGGGAACUAGAAAUCAAGCAUAGCAAGAGACAAUAGUUGAGUAAAGGAUUACAAAAAAGAGAAUAUUCAAUAAUAACCGAGAUCAAAAUCAGGUAGACAAUACUAAAUGUAUAACAUUCUACUGAAAAAGGUAAAGAAGCCCAGCAGGACAUACAAACCAAACUUAACCAGCUAUUUUUAGUGUGGCAACACCCCUAAAAUAUGUGGGACCACCAAGGUGUGCCCUAGGAACCAGAAAGUAAGGUACACUGACAUCUCCCCCAGUGAGCGUCAUUGACACCUCCCUGACAUGUUUCUGCCCACUCCCAUCCCAGCUGUGUUAUUGCUAAUGUUAGCAAGAAUGCAUUCACAGGGGCCUAGUUACUAAAGUGUUGUGGAAAAUUGACCAGGAAAUCACAAUUUUUAGGCCAAAAUAUCUAGGCUUGAGGAUUUUUUUUUAAUUUUCUACGCUAGUCUUAGCUUUUUAAUUCCAUUGUCAAAUAUUUACAAUUCCUCAUUUAGUUUAUUAAAAAGGCAAAAUAGUUUAUUACAAAUGGUAUAUUUUUUUAUUUCUGUAAUUUGUCAAGACACACUGUAUGUAAUAAAAACCUAGAAUGGCAUAACUGUGUGCAUGUUUUCUUCAUAACGGUCUACAGCUUGCUGUACAACCACAAGAUAAUAUGUACAGAUUUUCACAACGCAGUUAGAGAUAAUAAUUUUAAAUGCAAGUCAUUUCUAGAGAAAACAUGUGACCUCAAAUAAAAGUCUGAUUUAUUUUUAAGUCACAUAGUUUUACAAUCAAAUGUCUUAACUUCUUUAAAAGUAUUUAGUCAUACAGAUCAUUUUAUUUAUCCAUUGCACGUCAUGCAUAGCUAGCACACACACAGAUCUCCUAUAUAGUAAUAAUCUGGUUCCAGUCCUGCUCCUUAUCUGGGAUCGUUAUUGAGUUCUCCUAAAAGUGAGUAUUAUGAGAUAUUAGAUUUCAUGCCAUGUGAAGUAAAGGCAUACAUGGGAUUUUAUAUAUAAACAUGCAUGGUUCUGAGUAAGAAUGCUCAAUUAUUAAGACAUGCAAAAGUUUACAUAAUCUAGUUUACUAGUAAAGUCUACAUGCUUUUUCGAUACAUAGUGAACUGUCAGCAAUUCACUGUUAAUGUAUUAUUUUGAGCCACAAUAGCAGAAUUAGAUUUUUUUGAUGUUUCAAUUCUGUGUUCAGUUUGGUAGUAUGUUUACCUAAAAUGUUCACAUUAAUUUUCAAUUUCCAACUAUGCAUUACCUUUAGUGAAUUAACCUGACAGAGUUAAGUUUAUCUGCACAGUCAAGUCGCAUCCUAUGUGUAAUACACAACAGGCAUAAAGAAAAACAAAACAGUUUGUACAAUAAAAGGACUUCCUGCUAGCUUGCAUGAUAACUUUUCAGAUUACGCUGAAUAAUAGCUUAACCCUUAAAGUGCAGUUUUGUUCUUGAGAUUCCUAUGAAUCUCAGUACAAAAUUGUCCAAAGAGGGGCAAUAAUUGGGGAGGUGGGGAGCUGGAGGCAUGGUAAAGCAAUGUGCAUGUUCAUGGAUGUUUACAUGAAUUUCUGAAUAAUAUUUUAUAGCUAUCUAUGCAACAAACUGAACCAUUUAGAACAACAGCACUGCAUUUUAUUUAGAAUACCUAUUACCUAUUAUCACAAUACACGUAAACGCAUUACUGUGAGCUUUGUUGCUAUGGUAUAUAUCCCAAAUGUCCCUAUUUAGGAGGCACAGUCCUUAUUUGUGUCCCAAAUCCAUCUGUACACCUUUCUGUACGAAUGCCCCUCUUUUGUAGAAGCUCAGUAUUCUUAGUGUCUCAGAGCCAAUCCAUAAUGUCAGCAAUAAUAUUCACAGUAAUGUGUCUGUCAACUACAAUAAAUGUAUUUAGAAAUUAGUCUGUGUAAAUAACAUACAUUGCUCUUGUUCUAAAUCACGUUAGUUGCAUAAAUUACUAUCGGUAAGCCACCUACAUUUUCUCAGAACAGUCUCGCCCUAGACAUCUGUGCAUAGUAUGCCUGUGACCAGGGCCGGACUGGGGAUACAAAGCAGCCCUGGAAAAAAAAUCUAUGCCAGCUCCAUAAGUUAUUGCGCCAUAUAUUGUCGCAUGUAAUAUGUAAAGCUAUGUCUUGCCACCCCAGAUGAUUGAGUAAUAUAUAUAUUGAUACACAGCCUCAUAGACAAACAAUCUCACUGAUAUACAUAAGCUCAUUGACAUAGAAACACAAGCUCACUCACUAGCAGGCAAACACACACACAUGCAAGCAAGCCCACUCACUAGCAUGCGCACACACACACACACACAGCUUAAUGUAGUGGUUCUGGUGUCUAUAGCCUGUCCCUGCAGGCUAUUCAGUGUAAAUACUGACUUUUCAGAAAAAAGGCAGUGUUUACCUUGCUUCCUAGUGACAGACACUCAGACGGUCACUACAAGUGCUUCCUGUUUCAGUGCGGAUUGGCUGAGAUCAUCAGCUUGAUUAUCUCAGCCAUAGAGGCAGGGCCAGUCGAGGGGAGACCAGCACUACGUGGGGGGGGGUGGGAAGGUGAGUAAAAACACUAUUUUUAAAAACACACACAGACACACAGACACACACACACACACACCAUGACAGACACACACACACACAUCUUGACAGACACACACAUACCAUGACACACACACACCAUGACACACACACACCAUGACACAGACACACACAUACCAUGACAGACAUACACACACCUUGACACACACACCAUGACACAGACAGACCAUGACAAGGACACACACACACACACACUGUGACACAAACAGACACACAUUACAUGACACAGACAGACACACACACACCAUGAUAGACAGACACACACACCAUGACACAGACAGACACACACCAUGACACAGACAUACACACACCAUGACACACAUACACACACCUACACUCACACUGACACACAUAAUUGCUAUCUGUGUGCAGACAGCUGUCUGUGCUGGUGGCCGCAGGGGGAGCUGUGAUGGCAGCCACAGGGGGAGCUCUGAUGGCGGCCGAAGGGGGAGCUCCGAUGGCGGCUGCAGGGGGAGCUGGCUGUGCUGUUUCUGUUUCCGCGUGCUAUUUAAUGAGACCGGGGCUGGAAUAUGACAUCAUAUUCUGGCCCCGGUCUCAUUAAACUGCGCGCUGGGGAGCAGAGACAGUGCAGCCAGCUCCCCUUGCGGCCGCCAUCACAGCUCCCCCUGCGGCCGCCAUCACAGCUCCCCCUGCCAUCACAGCUCCCCCGCGGCCAACAUCACAGCUCCCCCUGCGGCCGCCAUCACAGUUCCCCUGCGGCCGCCAUCACAGCUCCCCCUGCCAGUUGUCUGCCCGGUCCCAGGUACCGAUGGCCCACCGGGAAAUUUACCAGUAUCCCGGUGGGCCACUCCGGCCCUGCCUGUGACUGUGGCAACCAGAAUCAAAGGCUGCUCAAAACGAAUAUUGCCAGCAGGAAGAGAGUAUUCCAGGUGCCUGAUUGACAGUCCAGGAAGGUGGUCCUAAAUACAGAAAACUUCUUUAUUUUCUUUUUUUCAUCUCCAGAAUUAAACAUUUUUUUAAAUGAAAGGCUGCAUGGACAGGGUAUUUGCACCAUAAUUACUUUAAUGUGGUGCUUAGACACUUUAAAAGCCUUAUUACUUCACAAAGACCGUGUUCUACUGAACUGCCUGCUAACUUUCCAUGAGCAUAAGAUUUAAUGUUCUCUGGGUAUUGCUUCAUCUUGUGUUUGCAGAUAUCCUCUUCCUUUACAUAACAUAACAAUAAAUGAUAUGCCUUGGACUUCGAACACUUUAGUAAUGGUGUUGCAACAGCCAGUAAUGCUAAGGAUAAUUGUUACGCAAUAGUCUUUACUACUAAUGAUGCUCAUCCAAUUACCUCAAGGCUUUCCCUUUGAAGAGAUAUGUUUCCUAUUCCUUAAUAAAUUAUUUUUAACACCAUUUACCAUUAAUAUUUGCUGUGGACUAUCAUCUGCACAAGCACUAGCUGGGAAUCCAUAGAGGGCAAUCUGGAUUGUUGGGUAAUUCAAAUCGGCUGGUGUCUGUAUUCCAUAAACAGAGGGUUUAAAGGUCCUGACUAAAAAUAUUUCAAGUUCCUUCACAAUAUCUUGAGUGAAAGGUUAUCCCCUAACUAGUGUUCAUAGUUCAAUAAUCUUUAGAGUAACCUGAAUGUAACUGGGUCAUAUAACAUUUUGAUCUUAAAUGCAAACUUAUAGAGUAUCAUCCACCUAAUGCUCAAAAAUGCUAUUUUUAAUUCAUACAGAAGAAUUAUCUCACAUGUGUGUAUUUGAAAAACUUUAUCAAUACUGUAUUUUUUUUUAAAUUUAAACAAACAAUAUUGUUUCUGUACUUGCUUAUCAAUGGAAUUUAUUCAGCAUCAAGCAAGCAGUACUAACGUGGGUAUUGAAGCGGACUGGAACUUCAGUAUUUCAUAAAGAUAGAUAUUGAAUAUGUUAAUACGUUGGUAUUGCAUAAAGAUAGAUUUUUAAAAACAUAAUUUUGACUGUGUUGGAAUUUAUUGAACUUCGAACACAAUCAACAUAUUUCAUUAAUUAUAUAAGGCCAGUUUAAAGUGUCAGUAUGGGCACCAAGACCACUAUAUGGCAAAAGAUUGCAGUCACUACCAUCUGGUUCUUGGCCAAAGCAUUUUGAGUAGUUUGACCAAAGUUGAGGUUCCUCAAGGUGAACUAAUAAGUCAAUGAAUGGCUUUAAAUAUGAAUGAAAUUAAGAAAGUGGAACCUCCUCAAACUGAUUGUUGCUGUUUUUUUUUUUGUUCUAAACAUUUUGUUAAACAUGACUUGUGUUUCUAGAAGUUGUAGUCCAGCUGGCAGGCUUCCACAAAAGCAAGUAGAACGGUUCUGGUGUACCUAAUGUACCACACAGGAGAGAGGGAGACAGACUAGCACUAAGCUGCUCGAAAACUGGUAAUGAUAGGGAUUCACUAAAAACCUAUAUAGAACAAGGGAAAAGAACUCUCUAGAAGAGUGGGAAUACCAGGAGCUGGCUAGGUGACUAAUGGCUAAAAUACUACUACAUAGAGAAUAAAAAUAUAAAAAUAUAUAUAUGGUACUAUGCCUUUAAAUCUGGAAUGGACAAAGUAUCCCUAUAAAUGUGCAAAAAUGUGAAUAAAGGUGCUAUGAGUGGAGAUCUCAAAUAAACGGGAUAUCCCUUUAAAUAGGCAAAAAUACAAAGAGAAUGCUGCUAUACCUUUAAAUGUCCUUUAAGAAUGUGCAAACAUGCAAAGCAGUGCUAUAUAGGGGGGGGUGAUAAAAAAAUUUUAAAAAAAAUAAAAUUAUAUAUAUAUAUAUAUAUAUAUAUAUAUAUAAAUAAAUAAAUACAAAAAUACAAAAAGGGGAAAGAUGAGAGACCAAAUUCUCUGCUGGAUGACCAAAAAAUAUGUAUGAAACUGGUGUCUAUAUCCCAAAUAACAUGAGGGAUAAAUGAUACCUGUUGCAAAUAAUAUACUUAGUAAAAGAUAGAAGUAAAAAAUAAGCUAUACAGUACAAGGAACUGUUAGCUUUAGACAAUAAAAAUGAAAACAAUAUAUCGCUGGAAAACUGAAGCAUAAAACUGGAUCACUUCAUAUAAGAAAAAAAUGCCAGUUUAUUGAAUAUAUUAAAAUAACUUUGGAAAAAGUUAAAUAUAAAAAUACAGGUCACACUAGAUUCAGAAAUGCAUUACCAGACUGAUGCAUUGAGAAAUAACAGCAAGGACCUUCGGAUUGUUAAGGAUGGAUACGGAUUGUGAUGAUUCAAUAUACAGGUGCCGGUGAGGAUGCCACUUCAGGGGACGUGCAGGACAGAUGCCUCCGGUGGCGGUACUUUCCAAACAGGUCCUGCGUGUGGAGAUUAGUGGUGCUGCUGGUACAUGCGUCUGAUCCCAUGUGUUGCUGGAAUGCCUGUCUAGACAGUCACUACCAGUCAUUGGUGCCGGUGAGGAUGCCACUUCAGGGGACGUGCAGGACAGAUGCCUCCGGUGGCGGUACUUUCCAAACAGGUCCUGCGUGUGGAGAUUAGUGGUGCUGCUGGUACAUGCGUCUGAUCCCGUGUGUUGCUGGAAUGCCUGUGGCAUUCCAGCAACACACGGGAUCAGACGCAUGGAUACGUACAUGCGUCUGAUGCCUGUCUGAUCUAGACAGGCAUUCCAGCAACACACAGGAUCAGACGCAUGUACCAGCAGCACCACUAAUCUCCACAUGCAGGACCUGUUUGGAAAGUACCGCCACCGGAGGCAUCUGUCCUGCACGUCCCCUGAAGUGGCAUCCUCACCGGCACCUGUAUAUUGAAUCAUCACAAUCCGUAUCCAUCCUUAACAAUCCGAAGGUCCUUGCUGUUAUUUCUCAAUGCAUCAGUCUGGUAAUGCAUUUCUGAAUCUAGUGUGACCUGUAUUUUUAUAUUUAACUUUUUCCAAAGUUAUUUUAAUAUAUUCAAUAAACUGGCAUUUUUUUUUUUAUAUGAAGUGAUCCAGUUUUAUGCUUCAGUUUUCCAGUGAUAUAUUGUUUUCAUUUUUAUUGUCUAAAGCUAACAGUUCCUUGUACUGUAUAGCUUAUUUUUUACUUCUAUCUUUUACUAAGUAUAUUAUUUGCAACAGGUAUCAUUUAUCCCUCAUGUUGUUUGGGAUAUAGACACCAGUUUCAUACAUAUUUUUUGGUCAUCCAGCAGAGAAUUUGGUCUCUCAUCUUUCCCCUUUUUGUAUUUUUGUAUUUAUUUAUUUAUUUAUUUAUUUAUUUAUAUUUUUUUUUAUUUAUCACCCCCCUAUAUAGCACUGCUUUGCAUGUUUGCACAUUCUUAAAGGACAUUUAAAGGUAUAGCAGCAUUCUCUUUGUAUUUUUGCAUAUUUAAAGGGAUAUCCCGUUUAUUUGAGAUCUCCACUCAUAGCACCUUUAUUCACAUUUUUGCACAUUUAUAGGGAUACUUUGUCCAUUCCAGAUUUAAAGGCAUAGUACCAUAUAUAUAUUUUUAUAUUUUUAUUCUCUAUGUAGUAGUAUUUUAGCCAUUAGUCACCUAGCCAACUCCUGGUAUUCCCACUCUUCUAGAGAGUUCUUUUCCCUUCCACAAAAGCAAACUGACAGCAGAAUAUCUCUUUGAUACCCUUGCCGGUCAUAAUUUCAACAGUCUCACAAAGAUCUAUGUGAACAUGAUUGUCUGAAAGUUUUGAUCUGGUUAGAGUUGGUAAGAGGAUUUAUAGGCAAUACUGAAAGUUCAAAAGUAAAUAUCCGUUUUUUUUUUUCAUUUGAUAGUUUUUUAUAUCAUUUAAUGCAUUGUUUAUAGAAUACAUGAAAAUUAAUGUGUCGGUGUGACAGAUCCGUUUAUUUAUCAUCAUGAUUAUCAAUCGUGACAUAAAAAUAUAUUCACAAAAUGUCUCAUCAAACCUAUUUAGCAUCCUUUUUGUCUUGUAUUGUUUGCAGGUCUCUUAAUCAUGUGCAUCAAAGCAGUCAAGUAUAUGAUUGACACUCAAGAAUAUCUGCAGUAGAAGUGCAAAACUGUUUGCAAAGAUGAACGCCUUCUGCAGUACAACAACACUAUGUUACAUUGUAUUCCAUCUUCUGUAUGCUGUUAAAGGUAAUAAUUAAUAAUAAUUAAUUUAAUAUGUAUUGUCUUGCAGUGUGUAUUGUUUUUUAUAUUCAUUGGAAUUGCUAAUAAAUAAUAAUUUUGGAAAGAGAUGGUUGUCCAACACCAAUCCACAAAUUUUCGGCAAUAUUGUAUAAUAUGCAAUGACCUGCACUUGGGUAGGUCAUUGCAUAUUAUAAUUUUUUCAAAAUAUUUAAAUAUCAAACAAUAUAUCAUAUACAUAUAGAUCAAACAAUAUAUCUAAAAAUAAUAAAAUAUUUUUAAAUAUUAAAACAUUUUAAAUGUUUUUAUCCAGAAAUAUUAAACAAUUUGAAAAGCUUAUCCCUGAAUCAAGGCCUUAGUGUCUUAAUAUUUUCUAUAUUUUUCUUUAAAAAGGAACAGUUUUGAUCAACAGCCUGGAAUGCUACACAGACUUCAAAUCAGAAGAAAGCUGCACUUGGACUGUAAGCAGGCGUUCCAUGAAGUUUGUAAAAAUGAGUCUGUGUUAUGGUGAUGAUGAGAAGAAGUAAGUCUAUAUGUGAGCAAUGUAUUGGUUGCUGUUUGUCUUUUAUAAAUUACAUUUAUCUUAUACUCUUUACAUUGAUGCCUUGAAUAUUGGGAUGGGCAUCAAGCCUAUAGUGCAUGUUACUUACAUUCUUUUUGCAUUUUGGUCCAAAUCAUGCUCAUCACUCUAUAAAAAUAAAAAUGUUGACUUCUGGGAACUCAAUGUUUUUAGUAGAAAUUUCGUACUUUGUUUUAUCAAUCUUUGGGGUGGCCCUGCUGAUUUCAUUGAAAUGCAUUCCUUUUUAUCAAGGACCAAGAAAUCUCAAUGGAAUUUGCUAAACAUGUCACCAACCAUGACCAAUGCUCCCAGUCAUAGCUUAUUGCAGUUUUUAUCUAGAUUAGUAGAUGAUAGAUGAAUCAGUCAGUAUCAUAAUAAAAGUUUGCCGUAAAACAUAUGACCCAUUUGAGUUCAAUUAGGACAUUUAAUAGACAUUAUGGAUUGAUUUGAUGGAAUUGAGCAACAUUGGAAUUUUCUUUGUAGAGAAUGUUGAUGAGCAUACAAGGGAAAUGAAAAAUAUUUGCCUAAUAGCUGAUCAGGAAUAAGCUCAAAUCUCAGAUUCCUGUCUUCUCUAUUUUGGGUUAAAAUAUACAGUUAAUUUGUCAUAUCCAUUCAACUCCAUAAAAAUAUGAAAUAAACAAAUGUGUCUAGUAAAGAGUACAUAGAGCUCAAGUAUAAUUUUUUCACGCUUUGUAAAAUAUAAACUAUUAAGUCUGUAGCCAAAAGAGCAUUAUUACAAAUUAACCGCAUUUGAUACGUUUUGGCCUUGUAAGCUUGCUGUGCUUUUCUCCGUAUUCAAAUCUCUACUACUAAAAAAAAUAAAAAAAAUAAAAAAUAGAAUAAUCCCACUGUUUUAGCCACUUCAUCUCUUUUCAUCACUAGAAGUACUCUGAGUAUGUACUUGAUUAAUCCAAUAAGAGAUUAGUGUGACCUAAGUUACUGGCAUGUCUUCAUCGGACAACCAAUCACUGUCUUAUUGUCUGCCUACUUUUCCCUUGGCACAUGUUUAAAAUACUAUACAAAUAAUAAGAGGAUGGUGAUUGGUUGCGGAGCAGAGUGAAGUUGUCAGCUUACUUCUUAUUGGCUGAACUCCCUGAUCUUGCAGAUUCCUGUGUUGCUCUAUAGCACAAUGGCAUUCGAAAUGAUCCUAGUUUAAAAUAGAAUAUUGUACUAUAACUAUGUCGUUAAGAUUUCUGUAUCCUGCUGAAAAUGUAAUAACAUUUAUUUGAAAAUUUAGGAGCAGGAAAUUUCUCUUCACCUGCAUUUAUGUAAAAAGCAAUAGUGAAUAUCUAGAUCAGUUAUUCUUAAAUUAUAUUAUGUUUGUUUAUAUUGCGGUAUAAAACUUAUUUUUUUAUCUUAAUUGUAGAUGCAAUAUCUGUCAAGACCCAGAAGUGAAAGAAGACUCCUCACCUUUUAGCAUCACAUUGACAUGCAAACAAAACCUAAAAAAAAUAUUCACCUUGAACACAAAAUUAAUUCAUUCAUUUCUAAGUGAUCAGAAUCUGGACAUUCAACUCAAUUUGUCUGGCAAAGGUAAACUGUUUUAAUCCUUUCUAAUUGAUUUGAUCCAAGUCUGUUUUCAAUUUUUUUUGUUUCUUCAUAUCAUUAAAAGGCUGCAGAGAAAAACAACUAUUUGGAUGGUUUAAGAAACUACCAUUUAGUGUUUAAAGACAAUCCAAACAACGUAAGCACCUAGGAUCCUUACAUCAGUUAUGAUAUGCAGAAUUAUCUAGUCCCAUCUUUUCUCUUUCUAUUCAUUGUAUCUGCAAAACUUUAUAGAAAUCAUAGCUACUGUUUGAGUUAACAGAAACCAUUAUUGGAGAAUCCUUUAUUCCAAGGUGUGAAGAUACGGCCUAAUAUCGUCCAUGGGUAUUCUUUAUACAUAACCUAAACGCUACGACUCAUCUUUGAUGGCGUAUGCAAGAUAUACUGAGCUGAUAUCUGGUUACUGUAUGAUAUUCUAUCCAUCUAGUCUUCUGGCAAUAUUCUUCUUAGUAAUUACUCUAUAGAGGACAAUGAAUAGCAAUAUCCUGUGAGACUUCAAGGAAAAGACAACCAACCUCUUUCUUGGCCACUCCUUAGAACUCAGACUCUGUUUAUUGUAUGUAGAGCCAGCUUACAUAGAUCACAGCAUACAGUAAAAUAAACAUUGCACAAACAUUUUCACCAAUGGGAAAACAGCACAUGAUGCAGGAAAAGAAGUAGAAAGCUACAAAGUGAUUCCUUACACUAGUUCUCCCCCACCGCCCCCUUGUGCCAAUACACCCUGACAACAAACGGUUAUCUUGAUUGGAUCCACUGUCCCUUCAGAGCAUUCUAGGGUUACAUAGACACAGCCCUUUGCUGUAGUAGAUAGACUUGCUGGCUCCCACAGCAAGACGUUACUCACAGUGCAGCAUUUAACUUGAUUAGCCCACAAAAUACAUUUCACACCUGACUAUACUUUAUGCCUUCAUAAAGAGCUGCUGUUGACCCACAGCUGCAUAUACAGGCACACACUAUUCUAUGUAUAAUACAGAGAUGCCUGUAAUACAGAGAUACCCAUGUACAUGGAAAACAGUCACAAAAAUGGUGCAGCGAGCUUGUGGUUUUCACCAAACAAAUCAGGCCUCCAUUACAUGAGAGAUUUCUAGGAUAUGCACAACAUUCUCAGUGAAAUGAAUAAUUCAAGGAUUUCAGUCUUUCAUUUGCAGGAAACAAAGGCAAUCUAGAAGCAAUUGAUCAUAUAUUUACUUAUUUCUAUGCUUUAUAUUUCUAAUGCAGCAAUAAAAAUGGGGUUGUCAUGUCAAGACUGAAGUAUCUCAUUGAGGUACACCUUUUUCCCCUUCUGUCUUUGUCCCAGGAUAUCAACUGGAUUACGUACACACACAUUCACACAAAAUAAGUAUAGGACUAAGAUAAGAUCAAAGCUUGAUUGGGAAUGAAAAAUAAUAUUUUCCCUUAAAAUGUACGGGCUAUAUUGUUUGACUUCCAAAGAUGCUUUAUAAAUAUUUCUUGCUUCCGUGAAGAAACAGAAGUGUAUUUUUAAAAUAUGGUUGUUAUUUAAAAUAUUGUAACUCGAGUUAUUUUCUGAGAGAGCUCUGGGAAGUUGAUGAGGUGUGAGGGACUAGGGUCAAACAUGGAGGUCGAGAGGUUAGAAGAACGGAGAAGAGCAGAGUCCUCAUCCAUUAUGACUAGAAUAAAGCAAUUUAAUGAAGGAAUGGGUAUGAACAGCAUCUGCAUAACAAUGUUGUCAUUAUGUGAAGGUGUUUUGCUUAAUUGCAUUAAUGUUGACUUUUUAAAAGGUGAAUCAGGUUCUGGGUUAAAAAGCUAUUGUACAGGAGAGAUCUCUGUGGGCAGAGGAUGGAUUUAAAAGUAGGGAAUGGAUGUUUGGAAUUGUGAACAAGCAAUACUAUAAGCAAAUUUUGUAUUGAGAGGUGUCUCUCAGAUUACUAUUAUUAUUAUUAUUUUAUUAUUUAUUUAUGUAGCGCUGUACAAUGGGUGGACUAACAGACAAAUAAUUGUAACCAGACAAAUGGAUGCACAGGAACAGAGGGGUUGAGGGCCCUGCUCAAUGAGCUUACAUGCUAGUGGGGUAUAGUAACACAAAGGGUAUAAGUAGGGGUAAUGAAACAGGUUGUGUGACAGACCAGCGUCACUAAGUACCAUGCCCACUGCUUAUUUGUGUGGUUUUCCCUUGUAUUCUGUGUUUCCCCAUGUAAUUUUAUGUCUUUUGUGUAUUGUGUAGGUAAAGUAUAGAAGUGAAAUGUAUGGUUCUGUGUCUCUCCCCCUUCCUUUUGUGAGUGUAUGGUCUGCCUGUAUCUUUCCCCCUUCCCCCUCCCUUUUCCUGGCACAGCAGGACAUGGACACAGGGACACUGCCAGCUCAGGUUGCAGGGGCUGCUGUGUCGGAGACCCCAUGUUGGAGUCUGUGCAUGUAAAACCAUGUGUGACUUAAUUGUUGUAAGGGUUCUUGAACGGCUAAAGAAAGGCAUUAGCGGAGGUAACUGGUCAGAUUACCCGGGGAUCCGCUACAGGUUGCUAGAAAUAAUAAAACAAAGAAAACAUAAAAAACAAACCCUCUAACAGUUUUAAUCAUAUGCUUUCCUGAAGAAGUGUGUUUUCAAAGAUUUUUUUGAAUGAGUGGAGACUGGGUGAGCAUCUAACAGAGAAGGGAAGGGAGUUCCACAGAAGAGGUGCAGCUCUGGAAAAGUCAUCAGAUGUGGGAGUAAAGACAGAGGAUAGACGUAGGCGUUCGGCAGAUUGCAGGGGCCUCGACGGGACAUACUUGUGUAUUAGGGACAAUAGGUAGGUUGGAGCAGCAGUAUGUAGGGACUUGUAAACAUGCACCAGAAUCCUAAAUUGAGCCCUAUAUCUAACUGGUAGCCAAUGUAGGGACUGACAGAGGGAAGAGGCAUGGGAGGUGCGUGUGGACAGGAAAAUGAGUUUGCCGCCGCAUUCAUUAUAGAUUGCAGCGAUGCAUUUUGUGAACACAUUAGACCACUGAGAAGGGGAUUACAGUAGUCAAGGCUAGAAAGAACAACGGCAUGGACCAGUAUCUUAGCUAAGUCUGGUGUUAAAUAGGGGUGGAUGCGAGCUAUGUUUUUGAGACAGAAGCAGCAGGAUUUGGCGAUCAACUGGACAUGAGGGGUGAAGGAGAGGUCAGAGUCAAAGAGGUGAUGGUGUCGCCGUUGACUUAGAGGGAUGUACAUGACUGUCAUACAACCUUUUAGUGGAAGUUGUCUGAGUGCAUAUUUGGCUACCAUAAUGUAUAUUUAAAAUUUAUUUUCACAACAGCAUCAUUAAAUAUUAUAAAUAAUGAUAAUUACAUAUUUUAACUUUUUUUUAAAAACAAAUGUUAAAUGUUUUUGUUUUUUUUCCCUUUUUUAAACAGAUGCUUUACAAGAGGAGCAACAUAAACCUGAACUUUAUUCUACUGAUGAAACUCACUUUCUACACUUAUCGGAUAUAAAAUACCUAUUCCAAACACACCAAUCUGCAGAAAUCCUACAGUGUGAAGUCCAGUACAGACGAGAGUUGGAGACAUGGGAGGUAACAAGGAAUGCUUGUUGUGUUGAAGACUUAAUAGCAGGGUUUGGAGAUUGUGUUGGACAGAAGUCAUACAGGAAGUUGGGAGUAGUGGAGCAGGACUAAGUUUCUGAAAAAAAAGAUGGGGUUUAGCAAAACAUGCAAAGUAUAAUGAUGAACAUGAGUCAUUUUAUUAAAACAAUUUUGAUCUCAAUAUUUUGGCUCGAGUACUAAUCUUCUUUCUCCUCUACACAGUCUGAGAAAAGCUACUGGAGGUGUUAGGGAUAUAUAUUAUACUCAGUGCAAGCUUUGAGUUGCUUCUAGUGGUGAUAGUAGAUUCUAUACUGUGGUCUAAGUGGCCACAUUGCAAUAGAAGGGUAAAGGACACAAAAGUGGAAGCGAGAGCAAAAUAUACAAGGGGCAGCAAGUCACAAGAUACUUACAAUUACGUAACUUAGGUAUUCAGUUACACCAUAUGUCCAUACUGUGUUAAGCCCACCACAAUUAUUCUUAUGUUAUUAUUUAUAAAGCGCCAACAAAUUCUGCAGCGCUUUACAGUGGGUGGAUGAACAAACAUGUAGUUGUAACCAGGGAAGUUGCACACACAGGAACAGAGGGGUUGAGGGCCCUGCUCAAUGAGCUUACAUGCUAGAGGGAGUCGGGUAAAGUGACACAAAAAGGUAAGGAUAGUAUUAUGCUAAUGACAGUUGCAAGAGAGGAAUCAGUUGGGAGCUAUUAACAGUUUAAUUGAUACGCUUUUAUGAAGAAGUGGAUUUUUAAUGAUUUUUUUGAAGGGGUGGAGACUUGGUGUGCAUCUAACGGAGGAGGGAAGUGAGUUCCACAGGAACAGUGCAGCCCUCGAGAAGCCCAGAGGUGGGAGUAUGGACAGAAGAUAGACGUAAGUCUUCAGCAGAGCGUAAGGGCCUAGACGGGACAUACUUGUGUAUUAGGGAGGAUAGAUAGGUGGGAGAAGCAUUAUGUAGAGAUCUGAAAGCAACAACCAGAAUUUUAAAUUGAGCCAUAUAUCCUACAGGAAGUCAAUGUAGGGACUGAAGGAAGGGUGAGUUGUGGGUGGUACAGCAGACAGGAAGAUGAGCCUUGCCGCCGCUUUCAUUAUGGACUGUAAUGGUGUAAGUUGGGAGCAUGUAAGACCACUGAGAAGUGGAUUACAGUAAUUAAGGUGAGAAAGGACAGUGGAAUGGACCAGCACCUUAGUCGCAUCUGGCGUUAAGUAGGGUUGGAUGUGCACAAUGUUUUUGAGAUGGAAAUGGCAGGAUUUGGCGAUCGACUGAACAUGAGGCGUGAAGGAGAGGUCAGAGUCAAAGAGAACACCUAGGCAGCGAGCCUGCGUGGUGGAGCUGAUGGUAGCACCGUUGACUUGGAGGGAGACAGACACUGGAGUAGCAACACUUGAGAGAGGAAAGACCAGAAUUUAAGUUUUGGUCAAGUUGAGUUUAAGGAAGUGGGCAGCCAUCCAGUUAGAAAUAGCAGAGAGGCAGUCAGAGACACUAGUCAAGAGGGACGGGGAGAGAUCAGGAGAGUGCCGAUAGAUUUGCAUGUCAUCCGCAUGGAAAUGAUAUUGGAAGCCAAAGGAGCUAAUGAGUUUACCAAGGGAGGCAGUAUAGAUGGAAAACAAUAGGGGACCAAGGACUGAACUUUGGAGGACACCAACAGAGAGGAGUUUGGGAGAAGAAGUAGAGCCAGAGAAAGAAACACUGAAAAAGCGCUGGGAGAGGUAGGAGGAGCACCAGAAGAGAGCAAUAUCUUGUAGACCGAUAUUGCGGAGGAUGAGAAGAAGCUGUUGAUGAUUAACAGUGUCAAAAGCUGCAGAAAGGUUAAGGAGAAUUAGGAUAGAGUAGUGACCAGCGAGUAGAUCAUUGGAUACUUUGGUCAGUGCCGUUUCUACAGAGUGCUUGGCGCGGAAACCAGACUGAAGUGGAUCUAGCAGAGAAUUGGACUUGAGGAAGUCUGUCAAUCUGGCAUACAAAACUCUUUCAAGGAUCUUGGAUGCAAAAGGCAGUAGCGAGAUAGGAUGGCAGUUGGACGGGGAGUUAGGAUCAAGGUUUGGCUUCUUUAGAAUUGGGGUUAUAGUUGCAUGUUUGAAGAGCGAUGGAAAUAUGCCAGAGGAGAGAGAGAGAUUGAGAAUUUUAGUGAGAGGUAGAGAAAGAGAAGAAGAUAGAGUACGGAUGAGAUGCGAGGGAAUUGGAUCUAGGGAGCAGGUGGUGGGGCGAGAGGACUGGAGCAGAGCAGAAACCUCUUCCGCUGUAGCGGGUGUGAAUGUCACAGUACCCAAAUAUCGUGGUGUAAGAUAGCCUAAGAGACACAAAAGGGGCAAAAGGAAUAAGGGAGAGAAAAGAAAAAAAAACACAAAGAGUUAAGGGGGUUUAAGAAACAGAAGACGAUAAAGGGUGUAGCGGAGCUCCUAUAUUCCGAUUGGAUAGCUCUGCUAAAUUCUCCUCAUAGCUGGAAGAAGCACUGGCUAGUGAAUAUAGCUCUUUCCCGCAGUAAUCAUAUGACACAUGUUUCUGGGAGUACAACAGUUUUUUAUUGUCAUAAGUACAGUCUUUUAUACAAAGACCCCCAGCAUUGGUCCCUAUUUAACAUUAAGUGAUCCCAUCAUAGUGCCUCUGUGUCUGGGAGAUAAUUGAGUUUUCCCUCGCUUAAACUGAUUAUCUCCUGGAUACAAAGAGCACAACACAAAAUACCCCCCAAAAAAUAAUAAAACCAACAGGAACUCCAAUAUAUCCCCAGAUAACUCUGAACCGAGCGCCCAUGUUGGCAAAACAGUGAUUGGAUCCCUGAAGAAUUAAUUGCCACCAGGGUAAGGUUUUUGACUGGCCGCUAGCAAAGUUAAAGCUGAACGGAGUUCCAAAGUGAAUAUGGCUUUGCCUAUUCAAAUAUCAGGAACUCCUGACUCUUAGGGAGCGAUUGUUCCUCUUAGUCUCUUGUACUCACCUCCAACUAGCAUUCUCCUGGCUGGUUGGGAAGUGGGGGGAAAUGGAGGUUGAAUUUGACUGGACCAUGCAAAUAGGCGCGGCCAAGUGGGUAUUCCAUAGAAGGAUGCCUAAGUUCCGCUACAGUCCUCCCGACUCUCUGGGCACAUUGGAUGGCCAUGGGGAGAGGCACUCUUGGAGUUUUAACAUAGAGGGGUAGGUGAUGAGAGUCAUGGAUAGUGAUCAAAUAUUUUGGGGAAAAUAUAUGAGAUAAAACAGAAUUUGCCACAAAGGAAGGCUAAGAUACACACGUGGGGUUAAGAGACAUGUAAAGGAAUAAAAGGGGAUUGAGAGAGACACGCAAAGAGGGAAGAAAUAAAUAUACUAGGGUGAAGCAUAGUGCCGAGACCAACACACAAACAAAUUACAAUUCUUGAGGGAGAGCAAAGAUAUUGUUUUGCCCAGAUGCAAAGUAACUCCAGGUAAUUCUCUGCAGAAAUUCUCUAAUACCGGAAUGGAGACCUACUAACCGUCUGUUAUUUCCUCAUCUCCGGUACAGUGGGCUUUCAAAACACUUAUUGUGGCACAUCCAUUAACCCAGGACAGGUGGCAGAGUAAUUCCUGUUUUCCUAUCUAGCAGUAACAUAAACCGUAAACAAAUUAAAACCUAACUAAGGUCAGACAAAGCGGUUAUUUUUAAAUUUUCCUGUGAACAGUUUCUAAGGACUUGUAAUGCCAUUUUUAUGGUCUUAAAAAUAACUAGGAAAUUAAGGUGAAAGCACGGAAACAUUACUUGUUUAACUGGGGCAGUUCUGAUCAAGCUAAAAUAACAUUAACUUUUUUUUUUGUUAUAAAUUGACCUCUCAUGUCCAGCUAUAGUCUGGGGCAUCGAGAGUAACGAUAAAUAGCUUUCUAGCAAUAAAUGAAAACAAUAUAUUUUAGUGGAAGGAGUGUAUGGACAAUGCUUUACUCACACAUAUACACAUAUCACUUUACAUGAUGUUAAAAUAAGAAAAAAGCCUAGGGCUACCAUCUAGUUAUUGGGAGACCCCCACAUGAAGUAUGUAAAUAGCAUACAAAUAUUUUUAACUCAAUUCCUCAAUUUUAGUUUGAUAUUUGUAUAUACUUACUAUAUCAUUUGAUGUGUAUGUGUUUAUAUAUAUAUAUAAAUAGAGAAAGAGAGAUAUUAUUUUCCAUCUUUCAUUUUCUGAUAGAUCAUUGCUUUAAUAUAUUUAAACAUUUAUUUUUUUUGGUCCAAACUGACGAUAAGACAUUAUUAAGACCCCUUGAAUUUACUGCCAACUAUGGACUUCAAAGAAUCUUGGCAAAGCAGCCGAGGAUCAGGAUGCUUUGCUAAUAAGACUCUUUGAUGUCUAAUUGGGAAAUAUAUAAUUAUGCUGCCUGAGGCAAGUGUCACAACAUGGAGGGCAACUUCCGAUUUUUUUUUAUUUUUUUUUAAAGUUCACCUGAAUUAUUUGAAAGUGAAAUAAAGUGGCUAUCUACUGUGUAUUAUAUUUUUUUUCUUCUUCAUCUCAGUGCAUUGGGAUUUAGCAGCCAUUUUUAUGUAGUGUAUAUAGAUAAUAUAUGUAAUAUAUGCAUUCAUAAAGAUGAAAGGGAUACUUAUCUCUAAUUGUCUUACUUUUACAGUUUCUUUUCUCGGGGAUCUGAGUCAUUCAAUCCCGGAAUUGUCACUCCGUACAGUAGACUCAAGUGUUUAACAUUACACGGUCUCGGUAUCUGAAUGAGAUUUAUGUAAUGCAAAACUGAUGAAUUUGAAAGAUAUCCGUUUGUGACAGGAGGACCAAAGAUAGGGGCAUUGCUGGUCUGAGGACACAAUUCAUGUCUCCAUUGACACUUGAGAUAAUAAAGUGAAAUGUAAACAUACCAUAGAUGUUUGUCAAGAUCACAAGCAUCCCUAUGCAAAGCUAGGCUGCAAUAGUUAAACAACAACUAGAUAAAUUAGACUAUCUUAAUCCAGGUGAUAUAUUUUACCAUAAUAUGCACCAGACAAAAUAUGAAGUAUAGGUGCUCACUAUAUCUUAAAAGAUUGGUGAAGGUAGCAGAUAAUCAAAAAGGAUUUCCCCAACCUUGUGAAAGUUAGAAUACAACAGAAAGGAAAGAGAUAAUCCGUGCCUGUGGUUACAAACAGAUAUGAGUAUAUACAUACAUGGAUAUCACACAAUCUUGUUGAUAGAUGAAUCUCUUCACAAAAACAAAGAUAACACAUCAUCUAAGUGUAGUAAUUAUACAAAAACAUGUAAGGUAGUAUAUUGGAAUGACAGCACACUAACACUUUCAAGAGCUAUAUAGAGCUCUGCUGUUAAGGGUGUGGGCGGUAUAAGUUGCGGCAACUCGGAAGUGAUCGCUUCCAGUGCUCAUUUUGGCCUCGGUCAUACAGGGUACGUCAGCGGUCGUUAAAGACUGUUUUUUGGCUGAUGUACCCUGUACGUCUGCAGAAACUAAGGGGGUUAAAGCAGCAAUGUCACAUUUUUUAUAAAUACAAGAUGCAGUGAAAGUAGAAUAAGAAACAAAGGUAAAACUCUACUGUGACAAACUCCCCUUCCCACGUUUGUUUGCCAUGAGCUCCUGGAGGAGCCUGCUUGCCUGCUUGACCAUUGCCCCUGCAGGAAAACCUGUAAAAGACUGUCUAAAUGGCUUGGUUCAUGUAAUUUCCCUAUACCGGUCGAGAACCGAACAACCGCAAGAACCAUGGACGACCCGGGAGCUUGUUAACCCCUAUUAAUGCCUUGGAAUGGUUCUCAUCUUACUGUUCUAAUUGUUCGUCUGGGUGGCCGCAAUUCGUAUGAACGACCACGAGGUGUUUGCAUGACACUGAAACUCCCGAACAUGCUGUAUAGUUACUGGGAGAGGAAAGGGCUAAUCACUGUUCCAGCGUGUUUCAGCAUAGAGGAUUCAGUGGAAAAGUCCUUGUAAGGACUCCAGCUCCCAGGACUGUGUGUUGUCCAGUCCCUAGGAGUGGAUAGAGCAUGUCCCCUAGCCUGCUCCAGGACAGAGAGGUUCCAGGACCACAGUCAAGUCACGGUGACUGGGGGGCAGAAGCGCUGCAGUUUGUCUACUGUUGCAGCUAGGAAGUGGUCCUUGGCGGAGGUACCCAGUCAGGGUACAGGGAGCUCCAUUACAGCUACUAAGUAGUAUAAAAUGCAAUGCAUUUACACCCUGUUCCAAAUUAUUAUGCAAAUUAUAUUUUUCUCAUUUACCUAAAUAAUUGAUGUAAAUAACAGCAUAAUUCUCAUGUUAUCAUCUAUUAAGAGUACAAUUCAAAUUUUAUUGAACAAACCUCCUAAUGAUAACAGUAUUUUUUUUAAAUAUAAAAAACGUACAAUGCACUGUUCCAAAUUAUUACGCACAGUAAGUUUCAAAACACUUUAUAGGUUGUAAAGACCUGAAAAUUUUCAUUUGUUGUGUUUGCAGCAUAUUUACUGAAAUCAAAAGCUAUUUCAAUCAAACAUAUAACAGCAUUUUAACUUUUUAAACAUUUUAACAUAGGACCCCUUAUUUGAUAGCAGCUUCACAAGUCUUGCAUCCAUUGAACUUGUGAGUUUUUGGACAGUUUCUGUUUGAAUUUUUUUGCAAGAUGUCAAAAUAGCCUCCCAGAGCUGCUGUUUGGAUGUAAACUGCCUCCCACACUCAUAGAUCUUUUGCUUGAGGAUGCUCCAAAGGUUCUCAAUAGGAUUGAGGUCAGGGGAGGAUGGAGGCCACACCAUGACUUUCUCUCCUUUUAUCCCCAUAGCAGCCAUUGAUGCAGAGGUAUUCUUUGCAGCAUGAGAUGGUGCAUUGUCAUGCAUGAAGAUGAUUUUAUUACGGAAAGCAUAGUUCUUCCUUCUGUACCAGGGAAGAAAGUGGUCAGUCAGAAGUCCCACAUACUUUGCAGAGGUCAUCUUUACACCUUUGGGGACCCUUAAAGGGGCCGACCAGCUCUCUUCCCAUGAUUCUGGCCCAAAAUAUGACUCCACCACUGCCUUGCUGAUGUCACAGCCUUGUUGGAACAGGGUGGCCGUCCACCAACCAUCCGCUACUCCAUCCAUCUGGACCAUCCAGGGUUGCAUGGCACUCAUCAGUGAACAGGACUGUUUGAAAAUUAGUCUUAAUGUAUUUUUCUGCCCAAUGCAGCCGUUUCUGCUUGUGAGCAUUGGUUAGUAGUGGCCAAAUAGAAGGUUUAUGCACAGUUGCAAGACUCUGGAGGACUCUACACCUUGAUUUCCGUGGGACUCCAGAGGCACCAGCAGCUUCAAAUAUCUGUUUGCUGCUAUGCAAUGGUAUUUUAGCAGCUGCUCUCUUGAUCCGAUGCAUGGAUCUGGCAGAAAUCUUCAGCAAAAUGCCUUUAUCUGCACGAACCCGUCUGUGCUCUGAAUCAGCCACAAAUCUCUUAAUAGUGCGAUGAUCACGCUUAAGUUUUUGUGAAAUAUUUGAUGUUUUCAUACCUCGUCCAAGGCAUUGAACUAUUUCACUCUUUUUGUCAGCAGAGAGAUCCUUUUUCUUCCCCAUAUUGCAUGAAAAUAGUGCUCUGCUUAAUAAUGUGGAACACCCUCCUUUAAUAGUUUUUCCUUAAAUUGGGCUCACCUGGCAAUCUAAUUAUCACAGGUGUCUGAGAUUGUUUUCAGUGAUUAAAAGAGCCCUGAGAGACAACGCCAUCCAUGAGUUAAACUGAAAAACAAAAUAUUUCAUCUUUGUGACACUUAAAUAGAAUUUUCAUAAUAAUUUGGAACAGGGUCUAUAAGCAAAAUGUAGCAAUCAUACAAAUGAUAUAAUAUUAUCAUCACAAACACACACACACACACACACAUAUAUAUAUAUAUAUAUAUAUAUAUAUAUAUAUAUAUAUAUACCCAUAAAAGGAAUAGCUAGCAUAAAUAAACUUUUAUGCAAAAGCAAUACGAACACGCACCAAAUGUUUUGGGAGAGGGCCAAUUUGCAACCUCAGAUAAUUAUAUACUAGUAUCUGCAUAUGUUUCUACUACAUUUUUGGUAUCAAACAUUUCUAGUUAUAGAUAACUGACAUUUUUAAUAUAUAUUAGUAUACAUAAUAAUGCUAUACAAUAUUUAUUUAUAAAAUAUUUUACCAGAAAAGAUACAUUGAGAUUUCUCUCGUUUUCAAGUAUGUCCCGGGUUCACAAAACAUUGCAUUGCUACAUUAGGGUACAAUAAAAUACAAAUACAAUACAAAUACAAAAUACAAAACCAAUAUUAAUACACAAUAUAUACAAAAUUUACCAUAGAACAGUUAGGAAAUAUAUAAUCACCCAUGACAUGUACAUUCUGUUUUGAGGUAUGUAGAGAGGGAUCUCUUAAAGGACUCUAGGCUUGGGGAAGAUUUUAAAGUGUGCGGGAGGUCGUUCCACAAUUGCUGCGCUCUGUAUGAGAAAUGCACAGUAGAAAAUUUGAUCAAAGCAAUUAUGACUUUUUGGAUCCUACAGUUUCAAUAAAAUUCACAAUAUUUAAUUUGAAGAGAAAUUGAAUUGACAUGGAUCAAGUUUUCCUUAAACUGACCUCAUAUAUCCCUAUAAUUCCUUAACUGCCUUAAUGCUGGCUAGAAUAAAUAAAAUCCCUAUUCCUAAGUAUUGCAAAUAUAAUUAGGUCCACUACCUGCAAUAAGUAAAUAGUUUAAAAAUUAAUCAAUGAUCCCCACAUACUCCUGCAAAAGAACCAGGAAUGGCUUAUUUCCUUUUCCAUUUACUUCAAUAUUGAAAGCAUGGGAUAAAACAUGCUUUCGAUAUUGAAAGCAUGGGAUAAAACUGCUUGUGUACAAAUGGCCCCUACAUCUCCACACCCAAUAUUGGAACGAGUAGAGGAGAAGUAUACAAAGCAAAGUUCUGGUAAUGUGUCAAAUUACCAGGUCUGUCCAGCCACCAUGUCAUUAUUGCUUAUUAACCAAACUUCUGGUUACAUUUCUCUCACAUAAAUACAUUUCUCUCACAGCUUAGAUGGGUAAAUUCAUUCCUAAUAUUACCUAUCUGUUUCAAUGGAGUGCUAAUGGAUUAUUCAAAAUAAAAUACAUAUGUAUUUGGCGUGUUUUAUGAGAAUUUCUUAUAGCUCACAGCCUAUUGUUUUUGUGUCUCUAGAACUCAUUAAUAGGAGAAUGCAAAGAUUCUUGGGCAUCCAUCAGUAUAGAUCAUGUUUCAGGAGACCGAUACUUUGCAAGAAUGAGAUUGAAAACGAGUAUCAGUCAAGAAAGCUGGGGUAACUGGAGCUCUGAAAUUCUACUUGAAUCCAAGAAACCAGGUAAAUAAACAAGCAAAAAGCGCAUCACAUGUCAACCUAGCUGACAACAAAAAUAUUGUGGUGAGAGCUUAAAAUUAGGUAUUUUUAAAAUAUUUUGGACCCUUUACCUAUUUGUCAUGUAACGGUCAUAAGUUAAAAGCUCAUCCUUGGAUAGAGCUCUAGCAUUGAUUUUUGAGUGAGAGGACCUUAUUAAUGGCAGUCUCAUAUAGUUCAUUAAUUUAAAAUGAUCAAAGCAUUUUAAAGUCAAAAGUGUUAACUAACAUAAUAGAUAUGAUACUUUAUAGUUCUGUUUGUUCAGGUCACUAGACCUCAAACUUUGCAACAUAUCUUUUAUUGGACCUGCCCUACAGAGAAGAGAUCUAACAUAAAUGAAGAACAUUUUGAAUGUCUUUGUUACUGUACUUCUAUUUGUUGCGUAAAGCAUAUUCCAGUUUGCGUUCCGUGAGAUACAAGAUGGGUUAAUGUUUUGUACUCUAUUUCAUUUACUUAUUAUUUAAUGCAUUUUCUAGGUGAUGAAGCUAAGCCACAAAACCUGCACUGUUUUCUUCAUCCUACAAACACCUUAAUAUGCUCUUGGGCAGUGAGGGUAGAAGUCUUGGACUCUGUCACUUUUAAAAUGGUUUAUACGCAUGAUGAGUCUUUAAUGUAAGUAUAAGCCAAAAACUAUGUAGGGUGUGGUGGACACAUGGCCACAUAAUCUAACUACUUUUCUUAUGCAGCGCUGUUGUGUUGCUUCAUUUUUCCAGUCAUGCCUUUUAUUUCUUCUUUCCUUUUUUUUUUAUCUGUUCUUCCUAAGAAGAUUGCACAGAGAAAUGACACACAAAAAUAAAACAGGUCUACAUAACAAAUUGGUGACAUUGGGUUUAUUUGCCACAUUUUGAAUUGUAAUUAUCUGAAAAAAACUAAUUGCAAAAUUGAGGCAAGAAAGCUUUUAGUCACAGCGUUGUUAUUUUAGCUUACAUUUUGCAAUUUGGUGUUCAAAAGAGUACAGUUAAAAGAAUAAAACCAAUUGAGUAAAUUAUUUCAAUACAAUAAACAACAGGGGAAGCAAUGAUUAUGCACAAUUCCUCUUGUGUUUAUAAAUGUGAACUGUUUGACUUUCUUUCCAACACAACGGGAAAAAUUUGUUAAAAUGUCAUGAUCGGAAAACUGGUCUAAAGUUUUGAAUACGGAGCAAUCCCAAAUGGAAUUUACACACAGAUUCCUUUAGUUUCCACAUAAUUCAACAACUUACAAAACCUUUACAUUACUUUGCAAAUCACAACAUAGGGACCCCUUUCGCGAGAUAUAUAUAUAUAUAAUACACAAAAUAAGCCAAGCCAAACCUUCAUUCAACAUACUGUGUUAUAUUAAGUCACCACUCAAUACAAAGUUUUUUUGAUAUUUUGGUUUAUCAAAGUGUUGUGAUAUAAAAUAUGGCCUUAGAGCUGGACAAUUACUUUCAAACAAAUGGAAUCCACAAGCAUUUUCCUUUUGUCUACGUUUGCUACUUUGCAUCACUUUUCACAACACUCAGAUAAAUCUCCCUUAAAAUAUUAAAAUAUCUAUUUUAAAGUUUGGACCAUUUAACCAUGCACCAUAUAAUCCAAAAUGUUUGACAAAGUGCAUGCAUAGUUGCCGUAGAUCUGCUAGACUGGAUUUUUAUGUAUUUGCAUUGCAGUUUCUAGAUUAUGUAUUGUUGAAGAAAACUGUGCAUUUUAAAAUACUUAUCUGAUGUAGAGCGCACCUCAUAUAACAUUUGGGGCAAUGGAUAUGCAAGAUAUGAAAUCUAGAUUGAAUUUAUUAACACAAACAAUGACUUUCAUCAUGCACGAACUACAGAUAUUCACUAAUACAUGUUUACUGUGUUUUCUUUUUAAUUUUGUUUUUAAAGAGAUAUACAUUAUCAUAUCAAAUUACACAAAUACAGCAUCAUGCUUCAUUUUACUAUUUUGUAGUCUUGAUGGUACACUGGAGGCUCCAAAUCACCUGCAAAAUAUUUUUUCAAUAGUGAUUUCAUAAAUGGAAUUCCAAAAUGUAGAUCCCCAGCUAUUGUAAAACUAUAUGUCCCAUGAUGCUUUGCAUGCCUUUAGAAUGACAAAGCAUCAUGGAAGCUGUAGUUGUUAAACAUCUGGGGGAAUCUACCUUUCGGGCACCCCUGCUCUGCACUAAGCAGGAAAGUAUUGUAAUAAAGUUUAUGAAGCACAUUGUAAACAGGAAAAUUGCCCCUACCCUACUUGGAUCAUAAAAAAAAUUCAAAAUGUCAAGGUUUGUCAUUGGUUACAUUAUCGUUCACUCAUCUCAGAAACUCGUAUUAAAGCAGGUUUUUUAACUUCUCUAGAUCCAACAGUCCAUGGCUAACACUACACUGCUUAGCUCAUGGUAGUAUCUGUAAAUCACUCCUCCAGAGGGUUUGUUCAGUAAAACAAUACGAUACCCUGUGCAGGUUAUACAGCAACCUGAUGACUGUGAAACUUAAGCAAAUUAGAUUUUUGUACAAAUCACCCGAAGGACUUGUACAUUUUUGAUAUUUUAGACAUUUUAUAUAGUGUUGCUGUAUGGGAAUACUCCAUGAAGAUAAAUGACUUUAUAGAUGAGAGAGGGGAAAAAAAGGAGAACUGUAGCCAGUGUAAAACCUCCUAGAUGGUGGUUAACCCCUGUGGAUUUAAAUAACAAAAUAAAAAAGAGAAUGGAGGACGCGACACUUAGUAUACAGUAUAAAUGGAAUACUAUGAUGGUGAAAUUGUCAUUAGUGAUAAGACAUAACUUUUCAUGAAUCAUGAUAAAAGGUCCAACUGGGACUCAACAAAGAAUAAAGAAAUACACCUUUAAAAAUAUACGUAAUUAACUAAGGCUAUAAUAGUCAAAUAACGAAAGUUGUUUUAUGACACCUUGGUAAAAUAUUUUUUUAUGACACACGAAUGUGUGAAAAUGAUUGUGCCAUAAUGUUACACAACUUAUUAAUGGCGGUGCUAGAAAUCUAUAGCAAUAAAACACACUUAUGCUAGCAUAGCGAUAUGUAGUCCAUACUAGAUUAAUUACUGUUCGACAAAUAUUAACAGAGUGAUUAGGGAGCUGUUUGGAGAAAUGGAAGCUAUGCAAGCAAGCAAAUAACUUGCAGAGCUAAAUAAGACUUGCAUAUAGUGAGUCAUGCCUAAGUGCGAUCUAAAUUGAGUGAGUUAGGUAGCUCAAGGCUACCCUCAGUUGCUUUACAAAAUGCUAUAAGUAGCAGAAUGCCGUGAUUGGUCUGGCAGAAAUGUCACGGACUAAAUGAUGGUUGAGUUGAAAGAUAUCAUUAGCUGCAGAGCUACAAUCAGGAAUGUGAGAAUAUGCAAAUUCUAAUUCACAAUGUUUUCAAUAAUAGCAGGGCACCGUGAUCCAUUUCGAGCUAUGUUGGCAAAUAAAGUGCAGUGUGAUAAACCAAUUUAGAUGGAGGAAUACAGAAAUAGGGAAAGUAUUGUAAUAAAAUUCAGGAAAAUUGAAAAUUGCCUCUGCCCUACUCAGAUCAUAAAAAAAAAAUUCAAGAUGUCAAGGUUUGCCAUUGGUUACAUUAUUGUUCACUCAUCUCUGAAACUCGUAUUAAAGCAGUUAUUUUAACGUCUCUAGAUACAACAGUCCAUGGCUAACACUACACUGCUUAGCUCAUGGUAGUGUCUGUAAAUCACUCCUCCAGAGGGUUUGUUCGGUAAAACAAUACAAUACUCUGUGCAGGUUAUACAGCAAGCAACCUGAUGAUUGUGAAACUAAAGCAAGUUCAAUUUUUGUAUAAAUCACCCGAAGGACUUGUACACUUUAGAUAUUUUAGACAUUUUAUAUAUUGCUGCUGUAUGGGAAUACUCCAUGAAGAUACACUUUUCAAGCUUUGAGAUGCUUAAAGCAAAGGACAACAUACAAAGAUGCGUUCUCAGACUUUCUAGACAGUUAUACUGCACAAAAAGAGAACUCUUAAAAGGGAACUCUACUUUCACAUUGUAUAGGUAUGCAUUCCAGACUGUAAAACUUCCAAUCAUAUAUUCUCCUACAAUUCAACUACUGGGAAAUGGAUAUAUAUAUAUAUAUAUAUAUAUAUUAUUAUUUUUUCUUCUUCUUCAGACAAGAAGAAUGUCAUCCUAAAUGUGUGGAGAUGCCACACAACUUGCCAUAUCUAUCAUGCAGUUGCAACAUUACAUCUGCAAGUCCAUUGUCUGUGGUUAGUGUUCAACCAAAGCAAGAAUUUAAAUCUUUUAAUGCCUGUGCAAGAAGUAAGUCACUUUCUAUCCUUUCAACGUAAACCGUACUUUGCAGAUGUAUGUGUGAUGCCUGGUCUGCUCGGAAGCUGCUGCUUAUAUGAGUAGCAUAUUUUAUUACAAUGAUUAUCAUUUUUGUCUUUCAUUUAUUAUAUAUAUAUUUUAUUUUGAUUUUAUUUAUUUAUUUAUAUAUAUUUUUUUAACAUGAACAAAUAAAGAUUAGAACUUUUAAUUCCGUGAGUGCUGCCUCCUUUUUGGAUUUAUAUAUAUACUCACAGUCUUUUCACGUAAUAAAAUUCCUUUAUUCCAUAUUCAUGUAAAGGAAUUUUAUUGCGUGAAAAGACUGUGAGUGCAAGCCCUUUACUACUUAUGUUUAUAUUUUUGGCAAUGGCUAUAAGAUGCACCCAGCAUUAAAAAUGUAAUAGUCCGUGUGCAAGGACUUGUGGUUUUAUUGGAAAUUAUUUAUAUAUAUAUAUAUAUAUAUAUAUAUAUAUAUAUAUAAAUAUGAAGAAGUUAAAGGGUUCCUCCAAUCCUUUUUUUUAAUAUAAUACAUGUAUUAUAUUGCCCUACUGGACCUGUCCACACUCUUUUUUUCCAAUAAAACCCCUGUAAAAAAAUAAUAAGCGUACUUAGAGUAGAACACAGAGUGAGGUUCUUCUAUUUCCUGCCUGCCAUCGUGCCACUUCAAUUCUUCCCUCUCCCUGGUCGAAUCAAAUGCCUCUCCUAGAGUAGCAUUUUAUUGGACCGUUCUCACCGGCAAAGGGAGGGUGUGAGUUGUCUUAGAGACUUCCACUUGCAGGCAUGUUCCCAGUGCUGCCUUGAAGGAUAGAAGUUCAUUACAUCUGUCACCAGCACACAGUUAGCACUGACGACAUGUAAUUUAUGGACAGAUUUUACAUUAGACAACUCAAGUAACAUGUUCUGAGGGUUUAACUAGCUCCCAGCACUAAAGUGAAUAUUUCUCUGUAUGUGCAGCAUUUAAAACCAAUUCCUACCACCAUGACCUCUUCUACAAGCAGAUGUGGGCAUGGAGGUUGAAGUAACCCUUUAAGCUAGAUAUUACUGUGCAGGGUGGAGCAUAUAUCUUUGUGAAAUAUGUAAAGGUAAUACACCUAAAACUAUGUAGCUUUCCAUUUUCUCCUUCAAUUCUUGCUUUACAUUAUAGUGCAUUUAUUCCAUUAUUGUUAGAUUGUUUUCUAAUUUCACAGAUUAAUUGAGAUACACUUUUAUGAAAUAUUGAUACGUAUUCUCUCUCUAAUCUGAAUUUUCCUACAUUUGAUGGAUUGUAGGAUAACAUUUACAAGGAAAGGUUAAAGGAACUUCACACGUAUAGCUUGGAGGAAAGACGAGACAGGGGGAAUAUGAUAGAAACAUUUAAAUACAUAAAGGGAAUCAACACAGUAAAGGAAGAGACUAUAUUUAAAAUAAGAAAAACUACCACAACAAGAGGACAUAGUCUUAAAUUAGAGGGACAAAGGUUUAAAAAUAAUAUCAGGUAGUAUUACUUUACUGAGAGGGUACUGGAUGCAUGGAAUAGCCUUCCAGCUGAAGUGGUAGAGGUUAACACAGUCAGGGAGUUUAAGCAUACGUGGGAUAGGCAUAAGGCUAUCCUAACUAUAAGAUAAGGCCAGGGACUAAUGAGAGUAUUUAGAAAAUUGGGCAGUUCUUAUCUGCCGUCACAUUCUAUGUUUUUAUGUUUGAUGUCUAUCCAAACAUUUUGUUUUGAGUAACUGACUCCAGAAACAUCUAAAUGGCAUCGUCGGCCAUUUUCGAUGACAAAAUAUAUUGUUAUAUAUUUGCAAACAAAACCAAAAUCUGUAACAGUCACAGACAAGCAUUGUGGACACAGAUUGCAUAUUGGGAAGCUAUGAAAAGAACUACUUGGUGAAGAAGUAUAUAACAUUACUGAAUAGUUUAUAUAUUGGAAUUUUAAAAAGAAAUUAUACAAAGAAAAUAAAAUAGUCAGAUUUUUCUGGAAUAGAUCCGCAAGUGUGCUUCUCCAAUUAUUGCAUGGACAAAUUAUUGUUUAGUCCUGGGAGUUUAGAUUUCUUCAGUUUUUCUUAAUUUAAUUUUAUCAUCGGGCUGUUUUGCACUAGCAGUUAAUUAACAGGGUAAACAAUAACUUCUGAAGUAGAUACACUCUUAAAUGAACACUAUAGUGUUAGGAACACAGACAUGUAUUCAAAAUACUCUUGUUUUACCCUACAUAUUUAUGCAUCCCUCCCCCUACUGUGACGUGGUUUGAAAGGCGAUGAUCUCAGGCAAUACGAUGCUUGCUCAUAGGAAAGCAUUAGGAGGCUUGUGCACUGCACCAAUCAAAUGCUUUCUAGGUACCUCUAGUGGCUUUCUUCCUAUAAUUUAAGCAGUUCAUACAAAAUGUGAAAACAUUUUAGACUACCAGUACUCCUGGGUGGCAGCAAUAACUAUAGUACACGUCAGCCCCAAUACAUACAAUAAAAACCAAAGGGAAAAGUUAUCACAAAUCCUUACCCAUAGUCUAGUACACUUCAAUGGCCAUUAAAGUAUAAGCUCACCUGCCACUUAAAGGCAAAACCUCUAAUGUGACAGAGAGGGCUAUUUUUUUCUAAACACCUAUGAACGCUAAAUAAAGUAUGCAUGGUGUAGAUGAACCCACCCAGGUGACUCUGUGUCUGGGAGAGGGUUGCAACAUCUACCGAUAAUUUAAUUAUCUCCCAGACACAGAGAAGCCUAGCAUAAAGUAUCCUCCAAAACAAUAUUUUAUCAUUGCAUAACACCCACAUAUUGUAUAUCCCUAGAUAGUCUGUGCUGGAGCACCCAAUCUGGGAAAUAAGCACUCUGAUCAGUAGAGAACUGUAAGAACACCACUCGGUCAAAGUUUGAACCCACCGUGAUGUAAGUGCUGGCAGAAAGCACUUCCAGGCUGGCUGUGGCUAAACGCUGACUGUGUGCUUAGCUCUUAGGUAGCAAUUGUUAGUGGGGGCCCUCUGUAUCUCCCCUUUAAAUAGUAUUCUCCUAGGUGUUAGUAAAGUCUGGUAAAAUCGCUGGCAAACUUGACCGGGCAGAUUGACUGUAUAAAGCCGAGCCUGAGUUCCAGAGAUUUAGGGCUAGGUUCCGCUGAGGCGAUCACGCUUAUUUGGCUUUCAAGAACUGCUACCCGUAAGGGUGGAAGAGCACUCAGCUGGAAUACAUGGAAGAGAGGGAGAGGAUAGCCAAGGGAGUGAUAGUCUUUUGGAUGAGGCGGUAUAAUGGAGUCCUGCACCAGUAAUCCAAGAAUUAAGCAGGCUCCGCCACACAUGUGGUGGACGGCAACACAGUAACAUGGUAAAUAUAAAAUUAAGCCCUGCACUCAAACUCCCACUACUCCUAUAUGGCAGGAAUGAUUAUAGUACACAACAGCCCCAAAUCAAAGAAAAAGUUACUUGCCUUGGUCAUUGGAGUAUACUAGAAAACCUCCAGUUAUUUAAAUGUGCGUAGGGAUUAAAAUGACAGGACCACUGCACUCAAAUCACUGGAUGUAAUCUUGGUUCCUUUACUGUCUCUUUUAAGAUGGAAAUGGUUUUAGAGGUCACAGUGACAAAGUUUUAAAAAACUUUCUAUAGUGUGGUGUCUGCUGAGACAGUGGGGACCCGAUGCAAACUCUGAGGAUCUAUUGAGAUAAAGCUAUCACUUUGUGUCAAGUAGUAAAAAGAGAUUUCGUAAACAAAUUUUCAGGAGCACACGGAGGGGGCAAUUCUUGCUUGGAAGAAGGAGCAGUCUAGUGGAGUCUCGUGAAUAAUGGCUGCAGAAGUCCUGGGUGAUCUCUGGUGUCAGAGGAGAAGGAUCAGAUAAUCUAGUAUGAAGCGUCUAGGCCCAAUGCUGGGGAUGUCACCUUUUCCCAUCACAAUAGGUGUUCACAAAAUAUUAAACAAAAUAAAAUGUUGUAAAGUAUUCCAGUGAAAUGGAUAUGCUCAUUUUGUUUUGCAUAUGUUUUCAUUUGUAGAAGCAGCAUUAUCCUGCCCAUCAUUCAUUCUUUCUUUCUUUAACACUAUUUUUUUGAAGAUAACAAUUUAUACAUUUUUAUUUUCAUAUUGAGCGUUAAAUAAAAGUUCUAUUUUCUGUGGCCAAUUAAUCAUUUUGGAGCUAAAAUAUUAUUUUUUUUCCAUAGUUUUAUUGCCACCUACAAAUAUGUCUGUUGAGGAAGUAAACAAUGGGAAAGCUUACAAUAUCAGAUGGAACAAGAAAACACAGGGUGAUGGCCAUCGUUUUAAACUUCACUUUCAACUAUGUUACUGGUCAGACUAUCAACAAUUAGACAAGGUUGGUAAUUGGCCUUACAUUCCUCAUGAAUGGUGAUUUUGCAUGUUUCCUGUGUUUAUUAGUGUUUGGAAGUACAAAGCCAACAUUGAUAAUAUAUUUUUUAUCUCACUGCUAAAACAUAAACCGUAUCCUAGUUCAUUUGUACUGUUCUUGACAUGCGCAGAGGCAGGAUUUUAAUCAAAUUAAAUUGUGUUUUGCAAAAUGGCACAGACAGUUAUGUUUGAACUUUUCUAUCAGUGUUUAUUUUCUGUCCACUUCAUUUCCACAAUUUGGAACUUACCAGUUUUGUCCGAGAGGCUUUACACAGCAGGACUCUGAGUGGUGGGAAUGUUAUAUAGUCAACUACAUUGUCUUGUUUCUACGAUUUAAUCUGUAUAAAUUCCCUGCAUAGUAGUAGUCAGAUCAUAUAUGUUUUCUACAGCCAUGUACCUGUAAGAACUAAUGUUUUCAUCAGUUUCAUCCUCGUUGUUGUUUUAGUCCCUUGCUGUCAUUGUUGAAAGGAACAACAAGAUUUGCAAAAUGUUUCAGAUUAGAUGUCUGCAGAUUUUGAAAGUUGUUUUUAUAUUUAAAAAUGUUUACCAAAAAUGCACACUAAACUGAUGGCAAAGAUCUGCAAAUACAAAAACACAGAGAAUAGUGUAGACUAUGGGGACCAUAAAAUAUAUAGAUAGAGAGUGUGGGGAAAAAAAAUCACAUUUACCAGAGCCCUGUCACCCCUGGCUCUAGGGUUUGCAAUGCUCCACUUGAGAGGGAAGACUCCCACACUGUAUAAAAUCCAAGGGGUGUGCACACUGGAAGCUGGUGGUUCUGUGCAAUAUAGGACAGAGAGAGGCAGGACCUCAAAUUGAAUAGUAUCUCAUACAAUUUAUUGUAAAGCAAAGAUUAAAAACUCUUACUUAGCAAAUGGUGGGUUAUGCUGGCAUAGCUACCCACAUUAGAGCAUGAAUACGGCAAACAGAAAAGUUUGUAAGGAGUCACUUCCGGGUUCCGUCCGUCCCACAAACCUUUUACAGACGGAACCCGGAAGUGACUUUUUACAAACAUUUCUGCUGCUAAGUAAGAGUUUUUAAUCUUUGUUUUACAAUAAAUCCUUUUUAAGAUGAAAGUGAUCUGGGUGACUUCAGUGUCCCUUUAAAGUUAUUCUAAACACAGCUAUUUUAGCAGGUAUAUAGUGGAAUAUGUCAGAGUUUUAAAAAGAAAUAAAUUAUAAAUGAAAACAAAUGGCAAUAAUGUGGUCUUGAUCACAUUCGUACAUCUGCUUUUUCUUUUAAUAAAGCAUUCUAGAAGUCAUUAUCAAAUUAAAACCAAGUUUAUCUUUAUUUAUUGUUAUAAAAUUAAUUCCAAAUUAAUUUAAAUAUUGGCUGUUGCUGUGUGGACAUUUUAAUAAUAUUAAUCAUAAUUUAUUAAUAAUAAUAAUAACAAAAGUAACUCUCUAAUCAUGUAUUCCAUUAGAAUGGAGAAUCAAACUGCAGCACUAACUCAAAGUAUAUAGAGCCCAAUUAUCCUUCUGCAUUGGUGCUUAGUCUUGGUACAGAUCUCGAACCCCGAAGAACAUACUAUGCCAAGAUUCGGAUGAGGGUAAUGCAUAACCAGGAAAAAGAGAAUGAGUGUUAUGUGGGGCCAUGGGGUGAGUGGAGCAGUGUCCAGACGUGGAAAACCAAAUCAGGUAUAUCUUUGUGGAGUGGAUUACUGCAUGCAAUCACAGCUAAAGCAAAAUUCUAGAUCAUGCUAAAUUAAUGAUGCCAUGUGCAGUCCAUACCCAAAAAUGAAAAUGUUUUAGAAUUUAUUUGAUUUUAUUUCUGUAUUAAUGCAUUGUUAUUUAUUGUUUGCUUUAUCUUGCUAGUUAUUCCGAUAUGGUUGAUCCUGGCUAUUAUCAUUCCAUGUUGCGUCGUAUUAAUAAUCUGCGGUGCAUUUGGAAUUAGGUAUUUGGCACGGUGAGUCUGAUUUGUAGUUAAUAUCUGCCUUAUGAUAAAUGCAGUAUGCUAUUUAUUUUUUUAUUUUUUUACUCUAUAAAACUAUUUUGUAAAAUUUGGAUGAAUGUAUUUAAUUGCAAUAGUGCUACUAACUAUUACUAAGGUGAAGAUUGAAGAUAGAGCUUUUUUUGCUGAAGACUCACUUUUGGCCUUAAAAAAUUAAACUCACUUUGAUUUCCCAACAAUUGUCACUUUAGUAAAUAUCCCUGGUAGAAACUGAUGUGUGGAUGCAAGUCUGUCAUUCUUUAAACUUUCAUAGGGAUAUGUAAUUUUAAAAUGGCUAAAUUUGAAAGCAGAUUUCACUUGGCGAAUGUUUUUUAAUUUGGCCAUUUUAGUCUCAAAUUUGAAAUUCACUUUCCACCUGCCACUGGGGAGAGCUGCAUUCUGCAUAUUUUCUGUCACAUUUGCUAAUGGUAUUCACCCAGUCCAGGGCACACAUGAUGCACUGGAGGUUGGACCACUGCAAUCAUAGUGCCUCUGGCUGCUGCAUGCUGGUUGACAUUCUCGGAUCCUCGAUUAGCGUCUGGGGAACUUUCAGCGAUCUCUCCAGCAUUCCACCUGGGGCUUCUUCAGCUGCUCUGGACUUGGGGAGGGAAGCCGACUGCCUUCUCACCCUAGAGCCCAAUCUGUCACUGGGAGAGAUGUUUCCUGCACCAUCUCCUGGAACGCAAUCAGCUGCUGGAAAGGGAGGUGGACUACCCCCUCUCUCUGGAGUUCACCCUACCUCUAGGGACUCUAGGGAGAGGUGUCUCCUUCACCCUCUCUAAAGCUCAUCCUGCUGUUUGGGAGAGGUAUUGCCUGCAUCCCCUCUUGGAAACUUGCUCUGUUGUUGACUACCUUUGCUCCCUGGAUCUCUUCCUGCCACUGGGGAGAGGUGUUAACCAUCUACUCUCCCUGUGACUUGCUCUGCCACUGGGGAAAAAUACUGCCACAAGUCGAUCCCUGAAGUUAAUUUUGCUGCUGGAAAGAGAGACCAAAAAUCUUCUCUCCCUGACUCUGGAUCUAAAGGAGCUCCACUUCCUGCAGCUUUAAUGUCUGUCAAACUGCUUUGAAUGGCAACCAGCAUAGUCUGUUUUUCUUGGAUUGGGUCACAGCAGUCAUGUCUUCCAACUGCCACAGAUCUGCCAAACGAAGCUCCUCCGCCACUCUUCCCUUUUGAUGAUUCUCACCACUUACUGGAUAACCGCCUCUGAGGGGUUGGGCCCGUAGAUUGCCUCCUCCAGAGCUCACUUCCUCCAGUGGCAGCUCACAGUAGUGAUAGCCACCUUCAAUGGGUUGGGACCAUAGGGGGUGAGUCUCUCCAAAACUCACACUCUUCUAGCGGGGUCCCUGUGGUGGCUUGCAGUUUGCCAAGUUUGCCCACCGUUUGCUGUGUUACUGCCUCUGACAGGUUGGGCCCAUACAGAUUUGGCCUCUCCCUCACUCUUUACUGAAAGACCUGCUCCUUUCCAUUGGCCACACUAACAUUGUAGCUCUAGUCCUAUAAACACAGAAGCAUCCCACCACUUGUCACCAGUUGUUACGGAGCUCCUGUAAUCAGACUGAGUACCUCCUUUAGGUCAGCUUCCUUUCGGCUACCAGGGAACUCUGGAGCACUUUAAACACAUAUGCCAAAGCUGGACUGGUGUCUCUGGAGACCUUUUAUACUGGACAAGACUACAGUGUUUAUAGUUCUUUUCCUUUUGUUCCAUUCUCUCCUUUACAGCAAAAGGUGAUUAUAGCCUUUUUUUUCUACUCACAUCAGUCAAGACUCAAUUGAGGGGUUUGAAUGCAAAGCCUUUAUUGCACAUACAACUAUUUAAAUAGCAAAAAUGUGCAUUUCCCCUCCAGUGGGUCCUCCAAACACUGCAAUGGCCAGUACAGUAAUCCCCUCCCUGGUGUUACUGUCUUGGAUCUUAAUUGGAUUAGACCCAGAUAACAAGAUAGACUCCCUGCUAUGUUCUCCCAGACAUACAUUUUAUGUUCCUGAAAGCUUGUUACCCCAGCUAUCCACUGCCCAAAUAGCACCCUAAUUGGAGAAUCUGUGUCUAGCGACAGCAUGUCAAAAUUUCACUGGGUCGCAGCUACUCUCCAAUCUGGUGAGGAGUUCCAUGCAUGCAGCUGGUUAGACCUGGUUUCACAAAAGGGAUUUCUGGAGCUAUGGGAAGAGAAGCUCUCUAAAAUACUGGAUAUCACUAGAAGCCUCAUGACCUCCCCAACAUUCCCUAAAAAUAAUAGUGCCUUGAUUGGUUGUCAGAGGACUGAGCAACAACCAGUCAAAGGUUCAUCGGAUCAUGGCACAUUCCAAUCCAGUCAACAGUUAAACAGCAAUUCAAUGUAUCUCCCAGUCAGCCACUCUGUUAGCAGAAUGGAUCUCAUCGAUCCCCCAUAGGUCCAACUUGGAGGUAGAAUAAGCACCCAAGGCUCCCAAACGCCCUCCCCAUAGGGACAAUAGUCCAUUUUUUUUAUUUUUUAGAGCUUUUGGAACCGAGCCGACAGUCUGUAGGCAGAAGGCUGGCCUCCACACCCCUCUACAAGAUGGAACUAGGGCGUCCAUCACAGUAUUUAUUCCCGUGUAAUGAAGCAUAUUAUUCCUUUCCUUCCGACAUUGUGUUGCAUAUCGGAAUUGAUAUUCUUUUGCCUCUAUGAUACUACUAGAACACUAGUGAGAACUAGAGGUGAUUGCUCAAGUAGCUCUUUGGAGUAGAUCCAAAAUAUUACACUUUGCCUAUUGAAAUCAUGUUUGUAAAGCUGCUUGUAGAUUAUUGUAAUUUGACUUUGAAAAUGUGUACUAAUGGAUAGUUGAUGUAGAUAAGGAACUUAAACUGUAUUGCUGAACUGGUCGAUAAAUGAUUGUAUCACUUGCACAGUGACAUUUGAUUUUUCAAAAGCUUUACGCUGAUCAGCAUCAUUACACAAAGAAAGUAGAGUUUGUCCAGCACAAUAAAUUUCACCUGCUCCCCUCGCCCCCUUUGAAAGAGAAGAGCUGUGAUAUUUAUACGUAAAUUGUUUUUAUGCAAUUUUGCUGCUUUUGAUAUAUCUGAUAGACUAGAACUCAUUAUCAGCAAAUUCAUGAAGCAAAGUGAAGCUUUAUGACAAUCAAUUAAAUAUAACAAUUGCAGGCCAGGAAAUAGAAUUUCUUAGUCACUGGGUUUUCCAUUAGAGUGUGAAUUGUUAGGAAUUCAAAGUGAAUUUUGAGUGGCUUUUUUUUACAAAGCAGUUGGACAGAAAACAUAGCAGACUUUCUUUUUUCAAAUGUGACUAUUAUGUCCUAACAUUUGUAAUUCACAGAGUUACAUAGUAACUAAAUCUAGGUUGAAAAUGUUGAGUCCAUCAAGUUCAACUUUUCAAACACAUCUUUUUAUGCUGUUUAUCCAAUAAGAUGGCAAACAAUCCAACUUGAUGGCACAUUAUGCCACAACAAGGGGUAAAAAAAAAUACUUUUUUAAUUCCAUAAUGGCAAUCACAUUUCCCCUUGAUCUACAGACUGCCCACAUACAUGGGAAGUAACCAUAAAUAUUAUGUUAAAGAAAAAAUAAAUAAAAAAAUAAAAAAACAUAUACAGAAUCAGAUAAGAUUCCUCUUUGGGUCGAGAAUUUAACAUCUUUAUUGCUCUUAUUGUAAAGAACCUUCCUUCUGCAGUAAUCGAACAUGCCUUUCUUCCACUCUCAAUGGGUGACCUCUUAGCUGUUGUAUAUUACUGCUAAUGAACAGGUUAGCUGUCCAUUGUAUUAUACAGUGGAUAAUCAGCCUGUUGUACUACAAUAGGUUUGAGUAUAGUAAAUUGUGCAAUUGUAUAUUUAUGAUAAAGGAACUGCUUUUUAAUCUUCUGAAACAAGUGGGUGUUAUAUUAAAAGACAACUGCCAUCAAAUUUUAACUUCUCAGUUUUUUUUAAAGUUCAGUAUAUUUAAUGAAACUUCAUUAUUGUUUAUAAACAUAUUUUAUUAGAAAAAAUUUUUUCUUUCAUCUGGCUGAGAAGUCAUGUUGGAACAGAUUCUACUUAUAUCUGACCAAUGGCUGACUCAACCACACCUACAUGUUGCUGUAGUAGCAAGUGAAUCCCACAAGAAGGCAUCUUCUCUCAUUGUACUAUUAAGAAUACUCAGUUUUACAUAAGGCAUGUACUUUAAAUAAAUGUGAGUGCAAGUGAUAUUUCUUUAAAAAGUACAUCCUACAUUUUUAUAGCUUACGACCCAAUUCCAAUAUAGGUUCAAGAAGAAGUGGGAAGAUCAGAUUCCAAAUCCAAACAAGAGCUUUCUCAUAGUGAAUUUCCAUCAUAAAAUGGUAAGUAUGUUCCUAUUUAAAUACUUCAAUACAUUUAUCCAUAUGUUCAUCAUGUACCACUGCUACAUAUAUGCUUUGAUAUUUUCCCAUUCAUUUGUAUUUUGCAAUAGGUGUCUCUAAUAAUAUUUUUUCAUGUCCGAAAAUCUUUUAAAUAAGAUCAGGCAACAAUUUACUCGAUAUCGGUAAAAGCUAUACAAAUGAAAGGAAAUCUCUGGACCAAUGUGUAAAGGAGAGCUACUGUACAUUAAUUAACUGUAACCAUUCAACAAUCCAAUAUAAUUUAAGCUGCAUCUUCAGUACAGUGUUUUACAAUUUAUUGCCCUAUUGCCAUCUUUUUACAAGCAAUGGUUUCAUGGAUUUAGGCCCUGUUCCUAUAAAUUAAUUCCUUCAACCAUUCUCACCAUGUGUGGUAAAUCUAUCUGUGGUAUUUCUUUCUUUCUAAUUUAACAAUGUGGUACAGAAAUAUUAAAUGGACACGGUAGGCACCCAGACCACUUCAGCUUAUUGAAGUGUUCUGGGUGCAAUGUUCCGUGUACCGUAACCCUACAGUGGUAAUUAUUGCAGUGUCUGAGAAACUGCAAUAUUUACCUGCUAGGGUUAACUCCACCUCUAGUGGCUAUCUACCAGACAAGGGGAUUCCGGGUGCAUAGACAACUUUUGGUCAUCUAAAUGACACUGGACGUAGCAUUGAUUAAUGUCCAUUGCCACGCAUGCGCAUUAGGUCUCCCCUGCCGGCUGACGUCAGACCCAGCACCGAGGGACAUCGCCGCUGGAUUCAAGUUUUGGCUUUGUUAGAAUCCCUUUAAUCAGCCCAGACUGGCCAUCGGGCAUACCGGCAAAUGCCCGAUGGGCCACGAUGGCCGUGGGUCGAGAUCACAGGAUCCGGCCCUGCUGUAUGCUUUCGUUGGCCGGUGGGCUCACCGGCCCACAGGCACUGAGAUGCGGACGCCAGCUGGGGAGGGAGGGAGAGGAGAGAGGACCAGGUGGAACUCUAGCCACAGCUCCGCGAGGUCUGAGUGUUGCCGCGGUUACCACGGCAACGCUCAGAUCUCGCGAGAGUGAACUCUAAUAUAUACAUUUAGAUAAAAAAUACAUUCACACCCCCAGACACACAUAGCACCCCCGGACACACACAGCACCCUCAGACACACACAGCACCCUUACACACACAGCACCCUUACACACACAGCACCUUCACACACAAAGCACCCUCACACACAAAGCACCCUCAGACACACACAGUCCCCCCAGACACACACAGCACCCUCAGACACACACAGCACCCUUACACACACAGCACCAUCAGACACACACAGCACCCCCAGACACACACAGCACCCUCAGACACACAAGUCACCUUCAGACACAAACAGCACCCCCAGACACACACACAGCAUUAAGAUACACACAGCACCCUCAGACACACACAGCACCCUCAGACAGACAGCACCCAGACACACACAGCACCCAGACACACACAGCACCCUCAGACACACAAAGCACUCUCACUCACACAGACAGCACAAUCACUCACACAGCACAAUCGCUCACACAUCACCCUCACUCACACAGCACCCUCAGACGCAGACAGCACCCUCAGACACACACCCCUCAGACACAAACAGCACCCCCAGACACACACACAGCAUUCAGAUACACACAGCACCCUCAGACACACACAGCACCCUCGGACAGACAGCACCCAGACACAAACAGCACCCUCAGACACACACAGCACCCUCAGACACACACAGCACCCAGACACACAAAGCAUUCUCACUCACACAGACAGCACCAUCACUCACACAGCACCCUCAUUAACAGACACAGCACCCUCAGAUGCACACAGCACCCUCAGAUGCACACAGCACCCUCAGACGCACACAGCACCCUCAGACGCACACAGCACCCUCAGACAGACACAGCACCCUCAGACAGACACAGCACCCUCACUCACACACAGCACACUCUCACACAUAUACAUCACACACACACACACAUAUAGCACACACAAGUAUAUAUAUAUAUAUAUAUUCGAUAAAAUAACCUUCAGUAAGUUAACAAAGAAAAUUAGAAAAAUAGAAUGUGACGGCAGAUAAAAACACCCUCACACACAGCACCCAUCUUACACACACACACACUGCACCCCUCACACAUACAAUAGUCCAAAUAUAUAUUUUAUAUAUAUAUAUAUAUAUAUAUAUAUACAUACACACACACACUACAGCACCCCUCACACUGCACCACUACACACAUUACGCUCCAGAUACACAGCACCCUCAGACACACAAAGCACCCCCAGACACACAAAUCACCCUCAGACACACCACUCAGACACAAACAGCACCCCCAGACACACACAGCAUUCAGAUACACACAGCACCCUCAGACACACACAGCACCCCCAGACACACACAGCACCCUCAGACACACAUAGCACCCAGACACACACAGCACCCAGACACACAAAGCACUCUCACUCACACAGACAGCACAAUCACUCACACAGCACCAUCACUCACACAGCACCCUCACUCACACAGCACCAUCAGACACACACAGCACCCUCAGACACACACCCUUCAGACACAAACAGAAGCCCCAGACACACACACAGCAUUCAGAUACACAAAGCACCCUCAGACACACACAGCACCCUCAGACAGACAGCACCCAGACACAAACAGCACCCUCAGACACACACAGCACCCUCAGAUACACACAGCACCUAGACACACAAAGCACUCUCACUCACACAGACAGCACCAUCACUCACACAGCACCCUCACUAACAGACACAGCACCCUCAGAUGCACACAGCACCCUCAGACGCACACAGUACCCUCAGACAGAUACAGCACCCUCACUCACACACAGCACACUCUCACACAUAUACAGCACACACACACAUAUAGCACACACACACACAAAUAUAUAUAUAUAUAUUCGAUAAAAUAACCUUCAGUGAGUUAACAAAGAAAAUUAGAAACCUAGAAUGUGAUGGCAGAUAAAAACACCCUCACACACAGCACCCAUCUUACACACACACACACUGCGCCCCUCACACAUACAAUAGUCCAAAUAUAUAUUAUAUAAUAUAUAUAUAUAUAUAUAUACACACACACUACAGCACCCCUCACACUGCACCACUACACACAUUACGCUCCAGAUACACGCUAGAUCCCUUACACUAUAACACUCUUAAUCCUCUACACACACACAUUCUCCUAUACACACUCUGGGUUCUUUACACACUAGAUCUCCUACACACACACUGCACCACCUACACACCCUACAUUCCUUGUAAGAAAACAUAUACAACAUUCUCUAAACACACCCUCUCUACAACCCCUACCCACACUACGUCACCUAUACACACACACACUACAGCCCGUAUGCACACACUCGCUACAUCCCCUAUAACACUUUGCCCCCUAUACACACACUCUCUACAGCCCCUAGCCACACAUAUUACACCACAAACACGAAUGAAAUUGACCUAUUUACACAAUACCACACCACACUCUACACACACGCAAUCCCACAAGCAGUCUCCAAACACAUAUGCUUUCCUGGCCCUUUUGUCCUCUGGUAUCCCACUUGUGGAGACGCCAGAGACAAUUUAAAAGCAAACACAGCACAAGCACGUUAUUAAAUUUGCUUGAGCUGUGCAGAACAAAUACAGGGCCUUUUUCUAAUGCUAGAGCUCUUCAGCAGGGCUCUGCGCAUUGAACCAACAUACUCACUUUGAGAGGGGGCGUGCUUGUCAUUAGUGAUGACAAAACACACCCUCUUUGGCCCCGCGCCCUUCUUAAGGUGCCGUUCUGAUUGAAAAAUGCCCGGGCCUAAUUUUUUCCCAGUCCGGACCUGCCUUUAAUUAUCCCUUUAAUUAUCAUAAUAAAGUGGAAUGCUAUCUUGCUUGUGGUGAGAAACUCUAAUACAUUUGGAAAUUUGGAAGAAGAAAUACCAGCACAGCUGCCGUGUAUAUUUGUGCUUUCUUGCCUAUUCCUCUGUGGACAACAUUUGUUAAUGUUUAGAAUAAAACAUUUUAUAACAGAAGAGAGUACUUAGUACCAAUAAAUGUAGCAGAAAUGCAAGUCCAUAAUGUGUUACUUUGUGUUACUAUUUCUAUCCUGGCUAAGAUCUGACCUUGAUGUGAUUACUUUAGAGAUGACCUUUACAGGGAACAUGCAGUAAAACAAAAACCUAUUCCUGGUCUGUAAAUAUUUAAUAAAAGAAACUGCACAUGCAAAAUUUGAACUUAAGAUAUUAUCUAUCACUAGGUUCCAUGACAUCUGAAAACGUACUGCUGUUAAUUACUGAUAAUUUUUAUUUUAUAUUAAAUGUCUAAGUCCUAGUUAGUAUUGUGGCUAAAUCACGUAGAACUGUGCUGAGUCUCUGGUAACUUAGACUUAAGUUUUCCAAAUGAUCCAAUACAGCUUCAAAUUAAUAUUGUUAGAUAAUGAUUUAAUAGUUUUUGAUAAACUUUUAAAAUGAUUUAUUAAUAUGAAAAAUAUUUUAAUUUAGUACAAUUUUGAUUUAUAUUAAUACUUUGAUAUAAUUUUUUUAUUUAUAUUUUUUUUAUAUUUGGAAAAAAAUCUUUUAAAAAUGUUGUUAAAAGGGGGGGGGGGGUGAGGCAUGACCGUGGAGCCGAGAGGACGUUAGCCUCUACAGCUCCAGCCAACGACAGCAGAAAAAGAGACACUAACCGACCAAAAUGGCAACCAAAUCACAAAUAAAGGCCACCAGGUGAAAGGGGAAACCGGGACUCACAAGACGAUACUCUCCAAGUGACUAUUGCUCCAGUAUAUACCCGAUAUCCUGACAAGGCCUACCAGCACUUCCGACGCGGGAGAGGUGGCUGCUUUCCUGAUGCCAGGACCAGCUGGAAAUCUGCCCUUGUUCCCCCCCCCCCCUCCUGUAUUGAUGGGGGUUAUCCCGGGCCACCCCCAAAUGAUCCCCCUGACAAGAGGUACUCAGAUGAACCGAUCAAGCAGUCUGGAGGUCGCUGGUGUGGCCUACAACAUGGCUGAAGGCACACAAGCUGCAGCCCUAAGCGAGAAGCUGGAGAUGCUUGCAUGGCCCCCAGAAUCAGUGAACCAGCCCGAUGGCACACCUCGAAGCCCGUCAUGGGAAGUGCAAAAAAGGGACAUGGCACGACAUUUAGACGCCCUCCCCAGGCCCAGCAAGCAACCGAGGAAGGCCACCCUGACAACAGAGGCCCGCAGCCAGACAAAGGCAAGGCAAGCCAAAGGAACUCCCACAAUGGAGCGCCAAAAAAUGCUUAAUGACAGGCAAAGAGCCCACUGUCUCUUAAUCUUCAAUGCCCUCUGUGAACUAGCACAUAUGUUAGAUUGCAUUUAAUAUCUUUAAUUGAGCAUACAGGGGACCGCAGGGGGGGCAUCACUCGAAGUCAAUCGACUAAUUACUAAAGUUGUAUUUUUAUUGUUAAUCUCCUUUGUACAUAGCAUUAGUCAACUCAAUAUUAUUCUAUGUCUAGCUAGACUUAAUAUACAGUAUAUACUCGAGUAUAAGUCUAGUUUUUCAGCAAAUUUUUUGUGCUUAAAAACCCCCACUCGACUUAUACUCGAGUCACUGUCUGUAUUAUGGCAACUUAGAGAGCCGCGGCCGUCAGAGCCAUGGCAACGAUCCGCGCGGCAACCAGACCGCGAGACUUACAGUGGAGCUGACCGGAACAGAGGAGAAGGGAGCUGACAGGAGCUGCAGGAAAGGUAAGUAAAUGCUUCCUGCCGGCCCCCCCACUUCACAGCCCAUGCCACUGAACCACCAGGGAUUAAGGUAGCCCCCCUCCCUGACCAGAUAACAAGCAGGGAGGGGGGACAAAAAAAAAUUUAAAAUAAUAAAAAAAUAAUAAUAUUAAAAUAAAAAAAAUUUAAAUAAUAAAAAUGCCCUCCCCCCACCUAGUUCACACACACUACACAAACACACACUCUGCAUUAUAUACACACUCUGCAUUAUAUACACAGAGUGUGUGUUUAUAAUGCAGUGUGUGUUUGUAUGAGUGUGUGUAUGUAUAUAAUGCAGAUUGUUUGUAUGAGUGUGUGUAUAUAUAAUGCAGAGUGUUUGUUUGUAUGAGUGUGUGUGUAUAUAAUUAUAAAAAUCACAGAAUUUCAUAGCCCCAAGUUUUACCCUCGACUUAUCCACGAGGCAUAGCAUAUUUCACAAUUGUUGGUCACAAAACUGCACUCGACUUAUACAUGAGAUCGACUUAUACACGAGUAUAUACGGUACAUAACCUUCUUGUAUUUCACUCUAUGAACACUAACAAGCUACAUUAAGCCUGCUUAUGAACCAAAAAAAAAGAAAUAUGCAUAUACUCAUGCCACUGUUUAACCUGUCUGAAAACUGUACACUGUUGUGGCAUUUGACCUUGCGAUGUAUUUACCUGUACGAAAAAAAAUUAAAAAAAUUAAAUCCUUCAAUAGCUUAUCCAAAAAUAAUGAAACAAGACCACAGUAAAAAAAAAUAAAAAAAAUCUACCAAAUGAUUUAUUUACAAAUAUACCCAUAGACUUUAAUGGGGACUUCUGUAGAUAAAUCAUUGUAAAUUUGUUGUGUUUUCUUUUAUUUUUUUUUAUUUUUUUUUAACAGUAUUGAAUCAUAUUGAAUUGAGACCUUACUCCCAAAUGAUUGCUAAUGGCGUUAAUACUGUCAGGCAGACUUGGCUAAAAUGUGGAACAAAAUGUCACACUCCAUUGUAAAAAGUGUACAAAUACAAACCUACAACAUUCUCUUAUAGACGAUAUAUGUUGACUGCAAAUGGUUUACACAGAAUGAAAUAAUUAAUCAAUAAAAGGUCCAAGUUGUCAUCAAAUCAGAUAUUGUUUCUGAGCUGUUGAGUUCACUAACUGUGUUUAGGCGACGGUUUAACUCACUAAAACUCAGGGAUUAAUUACAAGAAAUACAUUUCAGCCUAUUAUCCUUCUAAACUAGAUGAGCCACUUGCAUGAAUAUAAAUUAUGUUUGUGGUUCGAUAUUUAAAGGGAAACCAACAUAAUUUAUUAUACCCAUGCUUUUCUUUAAUUAGUGGAAACACUGUGCAGAAUUAAUCCAUUUCAAAGUUGUUCUGCUUAUUUUCAGGAGAGAUCAGCUUACAUAUUCCCUAAACAUCACCUUUAUGAAGAAAUGUUUAAUAGCUGCAAUGCUAUUCACGAUUCUUCACCAAUGUAAGUAUUACAUUGCAUGUUGUUAAAAAUGUCUUCCAGGCUUCUUAUCCUAUCAUCUUUUUCUCCAUCAUCUCUUACAUCCAUCCUUCUAUUAAUUUCCCCUUUACAGUCUUCUUUUCUCUUUUCACCCGAUAUUUAUGUUCUUAUGUUCUUACUGUAUGUAAAUAUAUUACACAUUACAAGUAUUUUCAAAGUGAGUAGGCAGGGCCGCCGUCAGGGGGUGACUACCAUGAUGGUUGCCAUGGGCCCGACUGCACUGGUAAUCCUCUGGUAAUCCUCUGAGUGUCCGCACCCCCCAGCCAUCCAAUGUGUGUAUGUGUGUGUAUAUAUAUAUAUAUAUGUGUGUGUAUGUGUGUGUUGGAGGGCCCACAUUGGAGGGUGUGUGUUGGAGAGCCCACAUUGGAGGACUUUGGGGAUACACACACACACACAUUGGAGGGCUUGGGGGCCUGGGUACCCAGAGGAUUACCAGUGCAGUAUAUAUAGUGUGUAUGUGUGUAUAUAUGUGUGUAUAUAUAUAUAUAUAUAUAUAUAUACACACAUAUAUAUAUAUAUAUAUUAAUAUUACAAUAUGACAAUGCUCCUUGCCACGCAAAGCAUGCCAGGCUCGCGACAGAAGUAGAGGCUGGAGGGUCAAGAUGGAGACUGCUGAGCCCCUCUUUGCUGGCCCAUCCAGCUGAGCCACCAGACCACCAGGCAAUCCAGUGUCCCCCUCCCUGGCUAAGGGAUACAUAAAAAAAAACUCAACGACAAAAAGAAUACCCCCAGCAGGAUUUGUCCAACAUAAAGACACAUCCUCUACACACACACAUCAUUCAUCACACAAACACACAAACUGCAUCCACUAAACACAAAAACUGCAUCCACUAAACAAACACUGUAUCCACUACACAAACUGCAUCCACUACACAAGCACACAUCAUCCACCACAUAAAUACAUACACAGCAUCUACCACACAAACACACAUAUCAUCAAACAAUUAUAUGAUGUUGGAACUCUAUACAGGGACUGGUGCAGGUAUUGAGGUCACCCUCUUGUAUUUAACCCCUAAAUGUAUAAUCGAAUAAUAAAAAAUAUACCGCACUCAAGUUAAUUCAAAAAAUGUGUAUUUAGAUUUUGUUCACAGGAACAUCAAAACAUCUUUAUUCAUUACUAUGGAAUGGGGGGGAAAAGGGGCUACUAUGUAUAUAUAAAGCCCAUAUAUCACUUGAUCUUAUGCCUAUAUAACAAGGUAUACAAGGGCCGCUGUGCGGAAAUAAACCUAUAAAUAUACAACAUGUAGAUACUGACAAAAGAGAAUACCGGUGGAUCCACACCCUGAUAUAUGAAGGUAGCAAUGUGUAAACAAACAUUCACGAGAUAACAGAAGAAAAAAAAAGGAUGAAAAAAAAUCUAAAUAAUAUCUAUAUCCAGUCCACUGGAUAGAGUACAUAUGUGUAAUCCAUGUAGAAGAUGAUGGCAAAAAAAAAUGAGAAAAAACUGUAUACAGUAAAAAUAAAAAUAAACAAAAAAAUAAAAAACAAGAAUCAGUCAAGAGUAUAUAUAGCUGAAAAGGUUGGAUUUCACCCCUCUGUAUGAUAAAUCAGUCCUGAUCUAAUGAGUGAGUUCAUAGAAGAUGGCCAUUGGAGAUAGUAGUUGGUAAAUAUGUGAUUGUUGUAAUCCAGCAGCUGCACUGGGCUCAGGCAAAGUUGCAGGUGACCGUCGGGCUGUAGGCUGCGCGCUCUGGACUAUGCUGUCCCUUCGAAGGCCCUGAUAUAGCAUCCAAAUGAAUGGUUUUAAAUACACAUAAAAGGGGACGUCCAUGUGACCCAUUCACGUGACGCUCCCCAUGUUCUCAAUCCGACAGGACUUGCGGGACGCAGCAUGUGAUCACGUGUGUGAUGUCACGGUGUCCCGCGUGAGUGCGAGUACAAAGGAAAAAACUUAAUUACAAUUGACAAUGAUACACUUAGGGUAUCAAUUAAAAUUCUCUAGAGAACACCAUAUGCACUUAAUAUCUAAUUGGACAUUGAAGUACUACUCGGUAUAACAGUUAUAUACAGAAUAUUGUAAUCAAUUGAGAUACUGAUCACACCCACUGCAACAUCCAUCAAGGGGAAUCACUAAGUAUAGCUGAUUAGUAUAAUUCACCGCACAAACACACACACACACACAGCAUCCACCACACAAACACAUCAUCCACCACCACACAAACACACAAAUUGCAUCCACCGCACAUACACACACACACACACACACAGCAUCCACCACACAAACACACUCUGCAUUCACUAUACACACACUACAUCCACUACACAAACACACGCUACAUCCACUACACAAACAUUCUGCAUUCACUAUACACACUACAUCCAGAGGUGUAACUAGAAAACACAGGAAAAUUGCCUUGGGAAACCCCCAUACGUCUACCCCCCUAACCCCCCUCUAAACAUCUAGCCUCCCCCUCCCAUACGUCCGCCCCCCCCACAUGCAGACAAACAGAUACACAUGCAGACACACACUUACAUGCAUACAUACAUACACACACACACAUAUAUACAUACAGACACAUACAUACACACAGACACAUACAUACACAUACAUACACAGACAGACAUACAAACACACAUAAAGAGAAACAUUCAUACAUACACCCAUACACAAACACACACAUAUACAGACACAUACACAACAUGUUUUAGUCACCCUCCUGUUUCCUACCUUUUAGGUGCAGGAGGGUGACUUCCCCUGUGGUCCAGUGACUCAGCUUGAUGGGAGUCACAGUUCACACUCUGACUCCCUCCUCUCCUUCCUCCCGCGUGGCUCCCGGUGUAAGUUGGGAGGAGUGACUGGGGCAGUCACUUCCUCCAAGCUCUGAUGUCAUCUCAGGGGGCCGGCCGCACUGUUGAAGCGCUGCAGCGCUGACCAGGCUGCCAGGAAAUUCAUUGCCAUUGGGUGGCCCUAAGAGCAUGGGUCCCUUCAAUGCGGCCCCCAUCCACUACACAAACACACACUCUUCAUUCACUAUACACACACUAUCCACUAUACACACACACACACUCUAUCCACUACACAAACACCCUCUGCAUGUAAUACACACACAUACAAUCUGCAUCCACUAUAAACACUGCAUCCACUUUACUCACACACUCUGCAUACACUAUACACAUUCUACAGCCACUAUACACACCAAAUUCAGUACACACACACACUUCAUCCUUGUGGGUGCAUUCAGGAUGGGCCUUGUGGGUACCUUUGCGGGCCUGUCAUGUGGGCGGGGUCGGGGGUGGACUGCGUCAGGAGCCCAAAAAUUUAUAGUGGCAGCCCUGUAAGUAGGUGCAUAUGUAGAGCACCAUAUACACUAAUGAAAGAGUAUAAUAAUGCAAUUUAGUGGUAUAAAAUUUAUAGGUAGAAAACAACUAUGCAUAAUGUUUAUUCCACUGAAAGAAAUCGCAAAUGUGAAUGCAAUAAGGACAGUCAAGAAAAAUAGUAAACAUAUAUAUUCAAAUAUGUAAGGCAAUGAUCCUGUGAUUGUUCAAAUGCCUGGGUUCCUGCCAUUCAUGAUUUUAUGUUUAUAAACUGUAUUAUUAUAUAACCAAGUGCAAUUGUUAUGUUUUAACUUGUUUUUGGCACUUCUCCCCACUUAUCAGAGUUUUAAACAAUGCUGCUGACUGCAAGCAAGAUGAUGAAAAACCUGGCACCACUCACGGUCAAUGUCAUGAAAAUAAAAUAUAUUGUCUUACACCUGAAAUACUUGAAAACACUAAAGAUGAGAUAAGCCUUGUAGAAGGAUCGGGAUACCAAGCAUUUUCAGAUCUAGUAAAUGAUGCUAAUGAUACAGACCUGGGAAAUGCCAGUGUUGCAUUAUAUUCUUUUGAUGGCCCAUACCUACUUUGCCCAUCUAAUCCUGGAGACGGUUCUUCAUCGGCACAACAUAUACAUUAAAUCUGUGGAAAGAACGAUCACUUUCUUUUGGAUCAUCGUUGACUUCAUAUCUGCAAUUUAAACUGUGAUAAUGACAAGGUCAACCUUCAUCAAAUUGACUCUCCAGAAAAGCUCCUGUAUACCGACUGGGUACCUACACUAGGUCAGCUUCUUCUUUGUUACCAGGAAAUCUGGAGCAUUUCAGACCCAGUUGCCAAAGCUUGACAGGGGUCUCUGAGGACCUCUUUCAUCAGAUGAGGCUUCAGAUUUUUCCUUCCAGGCAGGUAUCAUCCCAUCUGCCGUUGCCUCUUUUUCUCUCCCAGGCAGAUAUCAACACCUCUACUUGCGCUGCCUCCAACUACUGCCUUUACACGUUGACACUCAGGACUAGCCCUCAUUUGCAUUACAUUAAAUGUAUGGUGACACACUCAAUCCAAUAUAUAUGACCAAAUCAUAUGGGGAAUUAUACAGGCAUUGAUAAUAAUACUAUACAAUAUUUACAAAGUGAUGGGAAAGACAAAGAUUAACAAGAAAUAUGUCUCCCGCUUGCACAAAACCUUAAUAUGCAAAUCUACCUGAACAUGCAAAUAAACUAGCCUUGUCAUAAUUUUUGCAACCAACAGGCUGCAAAGGCUUACAAGAUCUUUCACAGCUAAUAGGAGGGGAAAGCACACAAAACAUUUAGCAAAUUAUGUUACAAUAAUACACAUCCUGCACCUUUUAAUAGGCACAAGGUGACAUGAACAUAAGUCAUCCAGGGACCUACAGGAAGUGUCAGUCUUAUGCUCCCAAUUCCUGGGUCGAGAACAGAAAACCCACAGAUGGUGGCUAACAUCAUAGACUCAAAGUGUCUAAGUUAACGUUACCCAUGGUUUUCUUCGCAAUUUCUAUAAAAUGUAAGCAUAGCGUUAUUUACACACAAUAGAGAAGCAUGGCCCAGUGUAUAUGUGUCUAUCUGCAAUCCAUUGUAAGCUAUCACAUGUAUAUGGCAAUAUACACUGGGGAAAGUGCAUUUGCACCUGCACUAGUAGCUGCUAAGCAUUAAAAUACAUUCAUGGAAGCAACAUCUGAGUAGCACAAUGUAUAGAUUAUAAUAAUAAUGUUCUCAUUUUAUUUUCCUCUGACAUGGUAGAGUUUUUAUGAAACUGGACUUCUGUACGAACUGAUCCAAAGCUCAUACAUUUUUGGGGAAAAACCUCAUCUGGACAUGCAAUGCAUUCUGGGUCAGAUAUACGAGUACAGGGCCAAAAGUGUCUUACAGGGUUAUUCAGAGACAUUUUGAGGGAAUGUCAGGAUGCAGUUUAACUAUAUAUUUAUUUAUUUAUUGUGACAAAGAAGAUAUAGAAUCUGUAUUUGUAAAGCAACUAAUCACUGAGAAACUUCAGCUGAGAGAGUUAAUGAACCACUUUAUUUUAAUGGUUUAAAAUAUUUUAUACCAAAGUCCCCUGCCCACACAUCACUUGUUUUGUAUCUUGUGACACUAUUUAGGUGGUAUUUUUUUUAUGUUUUGUUAUUUUGUUCUCAAUUGUUUAACAGUAGACUCUUUGUAAUCUAUUUUUUUUUUAUCCAUCUUCAGUUGCCAUUUUAUUGGAUAAUUUCUGUCCAUUAGUCUUAAAAUACCUGGUAGGUGAAUAUUUUUACCAAAAAUGUUUUACAAAGUUGUUGUAAAUUUCCGGAAUGAAAGCAAUAAAGUGUUGACUCCAUAUAUUUUUUAUGUAAAACGUAUGUUUGGAGAACAAUAGUAUCUAUAAUAUUAUUGAAGUUAUCAACACAAUACGUCCUGGUUAUUCUAACAACUGGCUCUGGUCACAACUACAUUCUGCUUGUGCAUUUUGCAUGUGUGCUUUCUAAAUCUGACCCACAAAAAAAACAUAUUGACACAUUGCAAUGCAUUCUGGGCCAGGUACAUGUGUACAGGGCCAAACUUGCCCUGUGUCUUACAGGGUUAUUCACUACAGUGAGAAUUCAACUGAAUUUCAAACUUAAAAGGACACUAUAGUCACCAAAACAACUUUAGCUUAAUGAUGCUGUUUGGGUGUAUAGAUCAUACCUCUGUAGUUUUACUGCUCAAUGUACUGCCAUUUAGGAGUUAAAUCACUUUUGUUUCUGUUUAUGCAGCCCUAGCCACACCUCCUCUGGCUGUGAUUGACAGAGCCUGCAUGAAAACAAAAUAGUUUAAUUUUCAAUCCGAUGCAACUAACUUUAAAAGUUUUUAUCUCCAGAUUUGUAAAUUGGACUUUAAUUACAUGCAAGAGGCACCUGUUGGGUCUAGCAAGCAAUUAACAGAGCAUGAGAUGAGAAAUUCUAAGUUAAACAGAAGUUAAAAUAAAGGAAGUGUAAACAUUAGCUGACUCUUUACAGGAAAUGUUUAGGAAGGCUGUGCAAGUCACAUGCAGGUAGAGGUGUCUAGGGUUGUAUAAACAAAGUGAUUUAACUCUUAAAUGGCAAAGAAUUGAGCAGUGAGACUGCAGGGGCAUGAUCUGUACAGCAAAACAGCAUCAUUAAGCUAAAGUUGCUCUGGUGACUAUAGUGUCCCUUUAAGGCCAGACUAAACUAACUGAAAACAUAGCUGACCGAGAAUUUUUCUAAUCCUGCUAUUUUGACCUUAAAUUAGAAAUUGUCUUUUGAAUUCUCACUUUAAUAAAUAACCCCAUUAUUACCAUUGCUUAUAAAUCUUAUUAUUUACAUGCGUACUUACCAACUUUGGCAGGUAUGUGAUUAGGAGAAGAGGCAGGGCAUGGCUGGUGUGGUUGUGAGCCAAUGGUAUAACUAGCAUCACUAAUAAUAUAAAAUACAAUAAGGUGACUUGACAGAACUAUAUAUAUAUAUCUGCGGGAAUUAACUAUAGAUGAAUACAGUGCAUAAAAUGAAAGUUUGUUCUAAAUUAUAGAUGAAAACUGUACAUGAAAUUAUGUCAUAGUUUGCAUCAAAGAGUUUUUUUUUAAAUUAUUUAACAAUAUAUGUAUUUGUUUCAUGUUGAAUAUGUAUCUAGCAG